AGCUGCUUUUGCGACAGCGGCGGGCUCCCCUGCGAGCGAGCGAGCGAGCGAGGCUGAGCGGCAACAGUGGCGGCGACGCCGACAGCGCGGGGGGCCGUGGCGGCGACGGGGGCUGAGCGCGGCCGCGGCUGCAGGAGGCGGGGGAGCAGCGGCAGCGGCGGCUGGGUAAGGCGAGGCGGCGGGCGGGCGAGCGAGCGAGGCGGGGCUGAGCAGGGCGCUCGCGGGGAGGGCAGGGCAGGCAGGAGGCCGCGGCGGGUUUCCCUUUGUGUGGCUGCGGAGCUGCUGGCGGGUCGCUUUCGCCCCCGACCCCCUGCCCGCCCUGCCUCACCGCCUCCUCAUUUCCCCCUUCGCCCACCCACCCGCUCGCUCCCCACACGCAUCCCCAUCCGCCCCCCAAAUGGAACAAGAGCUUGGCCCUCGGGAGACCCUGAAUGAACUCCUCUUGACUUCCUAACCCUCUUGCCCCCCACUCUGAAUUCACACGCCUCUCUCACACGCGACAUCACUUUGCUUGUUUCUUGUUCGCAGCUGGUUUUCCUUCUUCUCUUAAACCUUAACCCCCCCCCCCAAUUUUUAUAUUGGCUUGAUUUGUUUUAUUUUCUUUCAACUGCGAUUUUGGAAAACUUUUAACUUUUCCCUCUCGAAAUUGCAAGCAUGAACUUCCGCAUGUGAGAAAAUGAUCUGAAGUUUUCACAGUGGUACGGGAGCAGGACGCACUGCACUUGUCAAAAGCGACACAGUCUCUUCUCUGAGAGAUCUACCCCGCCUUGAAUUUUAAGCAUGUGGAGGUGGCUGGCCCCCCAUUUCCCAUAUUAAUACCGUCUAGAAAAAUAAAGUUAGUAUUUAGGGUGGUCACUGCAUGUCCUUUAAGACCAUGACUUAAAGCGUAAAGUGGAGUUCUUCUCCUUUCCAAAGAGUUACACUGUUGAGAAAGUGACAAACAGGAUGAAUGAAAAAUGUAGGAAUUGUGCACAUGGUACUUCAGCAAAUAUAGAUAGUGAUACUAUCUGAUGUAAAGGCUAUUGCAGUUCUAAGGGCUGGUUUUCUGUGUUUAAAUUUCAGAAAGGCUUACAUUUAGGUGGAACAUAUAUUUUAGAAAGAUAUCAAAAACAGUAUUUCCUACAUAAGAAGUGCUAUGUUUCUCAUUGCUAGGGAAGCAUUCCUUGGUGCAUUUGUUUGAAACAAACUGUAAAAGCCUUGAGAAGCUACUAUCAGGUGGCAUUUCCAUAUAUUAUCUAACUUAUUGACAAAAUCUGAAAUGGGCUGCAUCUCUUGUUGACAGGCUGGACUGGCAGGCUGCUGAAAACAUUCUUGCUUAGACAAGCCUACCCAGAUGAUUAGAAAGCUGAUAUAAAUUUUAAUCUGUUUUAGUAUUUUAGCUUUUGAUAUGGUUUAAACCAUUGUCGUAUAAUUUUAUAAUUUUAUCUUUUUGUAAAUCGCUAUGAGGGUUUUUUUGUUUUGUUUCCCUCUUUUUUUCUGCUGAAAAUUUUCAUCCCUUAGCUAUCUGCAGGUAGGUGUGAAAGUUAAGCAAGAAAAUGACACAUAGGAAAGAAUUUCUCCCAGCCUGAUCUGGGUUGGGUCAUUCCGAUUUGGGUUAGGGAAGUGGGCACAUCUCCUUUGGGUUUUAAAAAAAGUGGGGAAUUCUAAAAAAGGGGUUCAUUGAUGUAAAGGUAACAUCUAGUUAACCUGAAGGGAUACAGAGCAAGCUACACAUAGACUGUCUUAUAAUAAUCCUAUAUUCAGUUUACCAAUUCAUGACUGACAGUAGGAAGAUAUAUAUUACCAGGAAAACAUUGUAGAUGAUUCACAGAAUUAAAGGUGGUAUUCAAAGCAACACUAAGGGAAACAUUUCAUCAGUGCUUGGAUUUCUCCUUGUGUGACAGAACAUUGUCUUGCUCUUCUCCCCAGAGGCCCUCUAAAUCUGUGCUGGAGGUUUCAGCAACACUCUAGAAUAUAAUUUGGGGUGGGGUAGAUUGAGAAGUGGGGGAAACCCCAUUUAAUACUGCCCUAAGUUUGCAGUCUUGAACUCUACUUAGUGAAUCAGGUUUCAGUUCUCUACUCAUUGAUUGCUACUUCUGAAUAAGCAGGUAUAGGAUUAAACUGAAAGUCCCAUUUAAGUUUGUGUGAUGAACUUCUGAAAAAAAAACAUAGAUAGGAUUAUGCUGUGUGAUGGUAAAUAGCAUACCUGACUACUGCUGCCCUCCAGAAAACCAGGAGCAAAACAGGUCCUGGAGUACCUCUAUACUGCACACCUGCUCUCUCAGGAGGUGUGAUACAACAGGUAAAUCCCAGAUCAUUUGAAUCUUCAAGCAUCAGUUCCUCUGGGUUCAUUUCAUUUGUCAGUAUCAGUCUAUAACUUCAUCUGAGCAUUGGCUCAUGGAAUCCACACCUGGCUUGGAUGUACAAUAAAAACAAAGUUGGGUGUUGCCAAUAUAGUAAUGAUUCAAAACUAUGAGUGAUAUGUCUCAGUACUCCAUAUAGAUGCUAAGUGGUUGAUAUGUAGGCGUGUUUGUAUAGUUUUUGCAUUUUCAAAAUAAAUAUAAUUAUUGACCUUGUAAUAAAACAUAGAUGCAUGUUUCUGAUGAUGCAGACAAUACUAGACUUUUCUAUUUUUGAUCACACUAUGCUGUGGAUACCAAUCAACAUUCUUUAUAAUGAAGUAUUUAAAAAUAUUUAAGCUACUGUAUUAUGAUUUGUGAGCUGCUUAUGCUAUAUGGGCAGUGAAUCCUAUACAAUUAUAGCCUCAUUCUUGGAAUUAUGUGAAUUGAUUAUUGCAGUUCUGCCCUAUGAAAAACAAUAGGAGUUUUAAGAUCAUAAUCUAAUACUGUACUGCGCAUGGGGAGUUUCACUUGCUCAACAGGAGUUCUCCUUUCUCUUCUCUCAUUUGAGUGCCUUCAAAAUUUUCUCUGGAGGACCCCCGACCCUCUUGCUCAAAUUUUGAAGGGGGGGCUGCAGGGGAGAGGAGGGGGAAGCUCCAUGGUGCUAGUGGAAGUCUGUUGCGAUAUUGGAACAGUGGCAUUGAAUAUGACCCUUCCAGUUUUUGUCGGAAUAGGACUGCACCCUUUGUUUACAUGUUAAAAGAAUGCACUUUUAGUUCUGAGCUUAAAAUAGGACUCAGGAACCCAUGUACCUCCAAAUGUUGAACUUCAAUUUGUAGGUAUGAUGGGAUUUGUAAUGCAACAAUAUCUAGGCAGCCUUUCUCAACAUGUGGAUCCCCAGAUGUUGUUGAACUCCCAUCACCCCUAGCUAGCAAGGCCAGAGCUCAGGGAUAAUGGAAGUUGUAGUCCAACAACAUCUGGGGACCCACAGGUUGAGAACCACUGAUAGAGGGUCACAGUUUCCCCAGCCCUGGAAUGUUAUGUAAAUGGGGUCUUUGUGAAAUGGCAAUGGCCUAAUAUAGCUACUGCAUUUUCUCUGUUUUGCGGUAUAUCUUUCCUUAACCAUUCUUCUUGAUUCCUUAAUUUACCUAUUCUUCCCUUUGUUUUCCCUUUGUUUUUCUUUCCUUUUGUUGUCUUCUCUUUCAGUUUUGCCUGUACUAAUACAACUGCUGAAUUGGUGCUUUAAGGAUUUGCCUUUUCUCAGUUUCUUUACUUGCCUAUCAGACAUAAUGAGGAGACUGGCUUUUCGUGGUGCUGGUUGUACUCUGGUAAAUCUGGUAAUUUACUGCUAAUGUGUGUGCCAUUUUGUCUCUUUCACACAUCUCAGGCAUUUUUGUUUCAUAUUUGGCAUGACAGAUCAUACUUGUUCAUUUACCUCGUUCAUGAGUUUUUAAUUAAUCUGGCUCUCAGAGGGGGAAAUGCAAAUGUUUAACAAAAUUACUUUAGAGUAGUGAUCAUGAGCGGUAUCCAACUAAGUUCUAAUUACAGUAGACUCACUGGGAGAAAUUCAGCAUUGUGCUGCAGCAAUAGUUCUCUCAAUGCAAGUCUUUCUACUUGCCAGAUAGAACAGUCCCCCUCUCCCUGCACACUUUUCUGGGGGUUCUCCCAAUUACCCCAAAACAAAUUUCUGGCGGAAGAGACAGAGGCCCAGUGUGCUAAUGGAAGUCCUGGUGUGGGCUUUUGUUAGUGACACUUGUUGGUUGAAUCCUGUCCAUUGAAACUAGUGGACACAAGUUAGUCAUGCCUAUCAAUUUCAAUGGAUCUACUCUGAGUAGGACUAACCGUGACUAGAGCCCCUUUUUCCCCCUUUUUUAAAAGGAGUGGAUAAUUUAGUUAGGGGGAUGUUGUAGGUCUGAAUGUGCGGUUUAUUUUGUGUUAGUUACCACUUUGAAAAACAAUUAGAUUUUAUUUUAUUUUUCAUUUCCAAGAUUAGUGAUUAGAGUUAGAAUAGCACUGUGCAUUGAGAGUGCUGCUAUUUGUUUUUUAACGAAUGAAUAUGGAAUAAUGCUUCUGGAUCCUUUGUUGAUUGCUUGUUUAAGACUGGAUUUGGUAUUUUAUGGAGCAUCAAAAUAGCAUUUAUAUGUUGCAGAAGUAAAAACAUUGGGUUAAGUUCAUUGUAGUCUGGAUGAUUUUGAUGUUAUCUGUUCUUCAGACUCUUUGAACAGUUCAGGGAAAUUAGUUCUAUAUGUAUUGUGUCCGCAGUUUGAUCAAAAGACUACAAAAGAAUAGUUGUAUAGAUUUUUCUUUCUUUAAACGUGGAGGUUGUUCCUUCUGUUUCAACUGCACAUUCUUCAUGUUAACCAUUAAUACUCUUUGAAAAAUUAGUUGUUUUAGCAUUUGGAGGAAGUUAAGAAGGAAAUAUGUAUAGAUAGACCCUUCCAACAUUGUUUCCAACAUAAAGCCACAAUGCUUCUAUUUUUAAAAACCUUGUCUGUUAGGCAAAUUUGUGGGGGAUAAGGCUAGCCAUGCCCACAAGUCCUGAAGGCAUAUUACUUUCAGUAUUGGAGGCAGUAAAUAGGCCUUUGAAUUUCUGUUGCUGGUGAUCAGAAGUGGGAUAGUGUUACUGUGUUCAUGUCCCGCUUUGUCUGGUUGGCCACUGUGAGAACAAAAUUCUGCACUAAAUAGGCAGGGUUCUCCUGACCGGUGCACUCUCCAGAAAACUUCCAUUUGACGUGGCUUUCUGUGGCAUGUCUGACAUAAUGAUUCCAAUCCAGAGAAAGUUAGUAAUACUUGUCAGCACAAUCCUAACCAUGCCUUCUCAGAAGUACUGUAUAUUCUGUUGAAUUCAGUGAGUCUUAAUCAGUGUUAGAAAAUCCCCCAGGCCUGGGUCCAGUUCCAACCACAUGGAGAUCUCUGGAUACCAGGUUGGUGACUGACAUCUCCAUCUGGCUAGCUUCUCCAGCUUUCUUAAGCAGGUAAGCAUAAGAGAUUAUUUAUGGCAUUUACCGUAUUUUUCGCGCCAUAGGACGCACCGGCCCAUAGGAUGCACCUAGUUUUUUGGGGGGGAAAUAAAGGGGGAAAAAUGUAUUUCCCCCCCAGGCGCGGGGCUGGGGCAGGAGAUGCCCGAGCUUCCCCCGACCCCAGCCCCCAGAACAGGCUGCUACCCGCAAGCCUAGGGAGCCCGGCGGGAAGUCGCACCGGUCUCCCCAGGCUUGCAGAUAUCUGUCCCCCGAGUUUGUGGGGCUGGCGCUGUGGAGAAGCCCGCUUCUCCCCAGUGCCAGCCUCCAAACCAGGUCGGGGAACAGCGGGAAGGCGCGCUGCGCCUCCCCGCUGUCCCCCGAGCUUGUGGGGCUGCCCGAUAUCUGCACAAAGCCCGGGAUGUGCUGCGCGGCGCUCCCCGGGCUGCGGGCUGCUAUCCGCAAGUCUUCGGAGCGCGGUAGGCACUCCCGCCGCGCUCCGAAGGCUUGCGGAUAGCUUCCUGAAGCCUGGAGAGCGAGAGGGGUCAGUGCGCACCCUCCCCACUCGCUCUCCAGGCUUCAGCGAAAGCCUGCAUUCGUCCCAUAGGACGCACACACAUUUCCCCUUCAUUUUUGGAGGGGAAAAAGUGCGUCCUAUAGGGCGAAAAAUACGGUAUAUCCCACCCUUUUCUCCAAGGAGUACAUGGUUCACCUCCCUCCUCAGUUAAUCCCUACAACAACGCUGUGAGGUAGGUUAAGAGGCUGUGACUGGCCCAAGGUUAUCCAGUGAGCUCCAUGACUGAGUGGGGAUUUGAACCCUGAUCUCCCAGGUCCAGUGCAUUAACCACUAUACCACACUGGCUUCUACUUUUGCUAAGGGACAGCUAUAUUAAUUAAGUAGGUAAAUAAGUAUAGGGAAAGCAAAAUGUCACUUAGAGAAGGAUCUGAAAUAUUUCCCUUGAAGCUUGAAUUUGUUUUUUCCUGGAUUGUUUUAUUGGAUGUUUUGAUGUGUUGUAAAACACUUAGAGAUUCUUUCUUUAAAAUAUAAAGUAGUAUAGAAAUGAAAUUAAUGCCAACAGCAGCAGCAACAACAACAACAAAUCCCACCGCAAAAAAAAAAAAGCCUUGCUAUUCUGUUGUGGCGACUGUAACCCAGGUUUAAUGUGCCAUUUAGCAAUUAGCUGAUAUAUCUGAGUUUCUAACACUGUUCUUAAUCCAAGGUAAACAGGGUUAGAAUUGCAGCCUAAAUCUUGUUGAAAUCAGUAGUGUGAGAUAAUUAUGACUCACUUGUCCUCUGUUGAUUUUAUAGGAUCUUAAGUGCUUUUUCUAGAUCAGGACUUGUGUGAGAAAUAGUCCUGAGGGACGGGUUACAUGUUGUUUGGGCUUACCUUGGUAAGACCUCCUUCUUCCUGCAGUAACAUUUAGAAGUUCUUACUAUGUGACACAUUCUCACGUUUCUCUAUCCCAAGUUCAUAUAACUGACUAUAUCUGGUGGGUGAGGGAAACGUGCCGUUUGAUGUGGUUUUGUGUGGUAAGCGCUUUUAGACCUUACUGAAAGGAUGGGGAAAGGCCAUGGGGAUGCAGUUUUGGUGUAGUAUGUCAUCUUAUUCUCUGUUAUUCCACUACCACUAACUAAAGUAGCAAUACUGGUGAUUUUGAAUAAUAUUUUCUUUUCAAGAUCUUGAGAGAGCUUUUUGUAAGCACUAGAUUAGUUUAAAUCAGGCACAUCCAACUCCAAAGAGACUGCGAUCUACUCCCACUAUAAAAAAAACUGGCAGUGAUCUACCCAUUGUCAUUGCCAAGAGUUGAACUUUUUUGCGGAAGGAGGUCAGAGUUGUUGAGAUUUUGGGGGGAAUCAGGAGAACCACAGAAACCGCAUCAAUUGAUCCCGCGAUUGACCUAGAACACCCCCCCCCAUUGAACAGCACAUCGUGAUUGACCUGUUGGACAUUCCAGGUUUAGAUAAUGGAUUAUGUCCAACCCUCCAGAACAAAUUUGGGGGGGGGGGGUACAGGAGGGUGGAGAGGAGGGCGACAUUCUUGGAUGUCACUCAGUAUUUUUAAAAUUCAUUGUAAAUUUUCUGAUUUUUUUAACACUUUUAGCUGUAAAAGUUGUGGUCCUUGAAGUCACCAUCAUGUACUGUGGUCAGAGACACCCGCCUGGACCUGCAAAAAUAGAUUAAUUGCUCCUGCCAGAUUGAGAUGAUGUCUAGUGACCCACAAACUGUGUAUAUUCACUUUACAGUUAGAUUAUUGUUUUAUUAUUAUUAUUAAAAAAUGUCUAAACAGAAUUGGGCCAUAAUGUACCGUAUUUUUCGCUCUAUAACACGCACCCGACCAUAACACGCACGUAGUUUUUAGAGGAGGAAAAUCCGUAGACAUGCCACCCGUAGGCAUUCCCUCCAUAACACGCACAGACAUUUCCCCUUACUUUCUAGGAGGAAAAAAGUGAGUGUUAUGGUGCAAAAAAUACGGUAGUUGUUUAGAAAAAAAUGUUUGUACUAACAAUUGUGGGCCAUAAUGUAGUUGUUUAGAAAAAAAUGUUUGCUCUAAUAAUUGUGGUAGUAUAGUUGUACCUUGGUGCUUGAACAUAAUCCAUUCCGGAAGUCUGUUUGAUUCCAGAAACGUUUGAAAACCAAGGAGCAGCUUCCAAUUGACUGCAGGAGCUUCCUGCACUCAGUCGGAAGUUGCGUCGGAUGUUUGGGUUCCAAAGAACGUUCGAAAACCAGAACACAUCUGGGUUUUUGGCGUUCGGGAGCCAAAACGUACGAUUAUCAAGGCGUUCAGGAACCAAGGUACGACUGUAUAGGUUUUACACCUUUUUCUUACAUUCUUUUUAAGUUGGGCGGGGGGAGAGGACAUCUUUCAUUCAGAAUUGAUCCUGUCUUUGGAUCACUAACCAAGAAGAGAGAGGUUUUGUUGUGGCUACCCUAUGAGCUAUUUGGUCUUGGGACCAGUAGCAGGUGGCAUGGUGCAAAGUGAAUCAAUGAUUUUGCUGCCUUGCCCCUCUCCCUCCAGAUAAGCAGUAGUGACUCACUUUCCAGGAGGUUAGGUAAGUGCCUCUGCCUUUGCCCCAGCACACUGCCUGCUACUGGGACCAUUCUCUAGAAUAGAGAUAUGAAAGCCCAGCGGUUGGGGCAGGGGGAAAUAGAGGAGCUGGAUUUCCCUCCGUGUUCUGUACUUUUUCUGGGCCUUCACAUCUUCUCUAGCAUUUUCAAAGGCUGCAGGCCACAGUAAAAUUUGUAAUUGACUUUGCAGUCUUGUCUGAACUGUGGGCAGAUGUUAAGUAAAAAAGCAAACAAAAAUAGAUUUUCAUGGUUAUCUCUGCUUCUGGUUAGACUAUCAGCGAUACAUGCAAUAAAAUCUGUAUGACAUAUAGGAACGCUGCAUCAGAAUUGGUACUCUCACAUAUGUCUUGACUUUAAUGCUCAUUACUUCAUUAUGUUUUUGUCAUCCAUACACCUUGAUAUUACAGUGAUGACUUGGCUUAAGUAAAACCACACUAAAUGGAUUGCUUUGUUGGGGAAGCUUGCAGAAUGUUGGUCAAGAGUUUAGCUGUGUAGCAUCAAAAAGUGUCACUAUCUCAAUUAUGUAGAAUUCAGAGGAACUUUAGGUUCCAUAUCUUGUCACCCUGUGAGUGACAGGAUAGAAAGCCUCAUGUUUAAGAGCGCUUUUUUUAAUUAUAGAAGAAGUUGGAUUCCAUGGGUUCCAAGAGGCGAAGGGCUACCUCUCCUUCCAGCAGUGCCAGUGGAGAUUUUGAUGAUGGCCACCACUCCACAACUACACCAGGCCCAAGCAGGAAGAGGAGAAGACUCUCCAACCUCCCUACGGUCGAUCCUGUAAGUAUUUUUUAAAUGUCAUGCUACCAAGGAAAUAGACUGAAUACACGACUGCUAUGACGUUGAAAUAUAACUUAACUCCUAGAUUUUUCUCAACGCUUCCAUAGCCCAAAGCAAGUGGAGUGGCUAAGAACAUGUGCUGUAAGACUAGUGUUACCACUUAAAAUCUUAGCUCAGUUUUGAAUUCACCAGGUAGUUUAAUCCAAGUUGUUGCCCUUCAUCCUCAGCCUCUCAUCUAUAAUAUGGAGAAUCUAAUGCAGCCUGUAUAGGGUUCUUGUAAGGAGACCAAGAAUGCAUAUUAAGCAUUUUUACCACUUUGGAAAAAGCAUUGUAUCAAUAUUUAGUUUUAUCGCAAUUUGGGUCUUACUUGUUGAGAGCUGCCCAGAGUGGCUGUGACAACCCAGUCAAUUGGGCGGCAUAUAAAUAUAUUAUUAUUAUUAUUAUUAUUAUUAUUAUUAUUAUUAUUAUUUUAUUAUUAUUACUAUUACUAUUAUUCAUUUGCUUUGUGUUUUAGAUCGCUGUAUGCCAUGAAUUAUACAACACAAUCAGAGAUUACAAAGAUGAACAAGGGAGGCUUCUAUGUGAGCUUUUCAUUAGGGCCCCCAAACGAAGGUAAGCGUGUAAGAUUUGUUGAUAAGAAAACUAAGGUAAGGCUGCCAUUGCGAGAGCUAUUGAGUUGUAAUCUGUGCAAGUACAAUAAUAUGCUUAGAAAUGUGGAAAUGCCUACCCCAUCCUCACCCGUGCACCCCCCCUGCUCCCCAAAGGCCUUUUACACUAGCUGCCUCCACUCCACAUUCCAGGUCAUUUCUGAGUGUAACUCAGCUCCCAGAACAUGUUUUGCUCUACUGUAUCAGGGUCUGCAAUGCGGAAAAGAGCAGAGGACUUCCUUUUGCAGAUAUCCUUUCCUUUUCAGUUUACUACUCACUUUAAAGAUUGGACUGUUUUAUGUGUUGUGUCAUCGUUUAGCAUACCGUAUAGUAAUACGUUUAACUCUUUGUUGUGUGCUUCAAAGCUUCUGACGUACAGCUGAAUUUAGAUUUUGUUUCUUUUGUGGUUUCAGCUUUUUUGACAUUGCAAUAUUUUUUUUUGGGGUGUUGAGAAAAAAAUUAACGACAUAGCUGAGCAAUGUUACCCUCAAGAAUUCAUUGGAUUACGGGCAGCUAACCUCUGGCUCUCCAGAUGCUGUUGGACUCCCCAGCCUGCAUAGUCAGUGGUUGGAGGUGAUAGGAGUUGUGGUCCAACAACGUGCGGAGGGCGUCAGAUUAGCCACACUAGCAUUAGAGAAAAAGUUGGCUUUUGUGACUGUGUUAACUUUGAAUUUCUGCAUGAAACCUUAAGGUGUAUUAUGACAGGGUUGCAUUGCUGUGAAAAAUAUAGGGUAAUGGCCAGAUAUGCUUAGAAUAAAACUCUUAACAGCCCCAGGAUGCAUGGCCAGUGGUCAGAGUUUAUAGACCAACAACAUCUGGAGAGCCACAAGUUAGCUACCCUGGAGUGAAGUAUUGUUUGUUUAACUGUAUUUUAAUGUUUUUCAAAUUGUGUUCAUAGUGUAUUUAACUAUCCAUUUGCAGUAGUGUGUACGAAAGUUUGGGUAUUGCUAGAUGCUGCACAUUUGCUUACAUUAACUGCAUUUUCAAUAACUUUGUUCUUACAAUAGAAACCAGCCAGAUUACUAUGAAGUGGUUUCUCAGCCUAUUGAUUUAAUGAAAAUCCAACAGAAGCUAAAAAUGGAGGAAUAUGAUGAUGUGAACGUGCUAACUGCUGACUUCCAGCUGUUAUUUAAUAAUGCAAAAUCAUAUUAUAAGGUGACAAAAUCUUUUGUUUUGAAAGCCAUCAUUUGCACAUUGUGUUGCUCAGUUGUGUUUUAAUGGAGUCCAAAACUCAUUUACCUUCUCUACUGUACUGCUGAUUCUGUGAAGUUUCCGCAUAGUGCAUACCAUAUAUACUUUACGGAAAUUAUUUUUAAGUUCUGCCUUUGUUCUCAUUUGUAGCAUAGUUUUAACUGAUGGAAUUGUUCUUUCAUUUGAUAAAUGUUAAAAGUGACAUAAAAAUUAUUGAUUAACAAACAGGUUCUUUUGGUUUUUUUAACACAGCCAGACUCCCCUGAAUAUAAGGCUGCCUGUAAAUUGUGGGAUUUAUAUAUACGCACAAAAAACGAGUUUGUUCAGAAGGGAGAUCCUGACGAUGACGAUGAUGACGACGAGGGCCAUGACAAUCAAGGGACAAUUUCUGAAAUAGUAAGUGUGAGCUUUACCAGCUACGUAUAAGCAUUUCAAAUGCAAAAGGGUACAAAGUGCGCCUGCCCUAUUGCAAUUAAACCUGUAACAGUACCUAAAUGUUGCAUAAUUGAAAUGAUAACAAAUUGCUUCCCUUAUUUCCCUGUUUGCCCCUGCCAUUCCCCUGGUUUUUCAUCCAUGCAGGUAUUUUAGUUUGUAAACUCCCUGACUGGAUAUUUAGUAAUCUGUUAUGAACACUGGUGGCACUGCAUCAGUAAUAAGAGAACCAUGCUAUAAGUAGCAUAUGGUUUUUUCCUCAGUUACGACAUUGUCCACCAAAAGGAUUAUGUUAUACAGGAUAUGUUUAUAUAUUUGUUUUUAUUAAUCUCUUCCAUUUAUACCUGCUCUUCAGUGACCAGCUGUAAAUGCAGUCAUACAUUAAAGCAUGCUGCCAGAUAGUUUCCUUUCGCACGCACAGUAUAAGUUAAAACCUUAAAGUACUUUUUUUGUAAACAUUUACGUAUGAACACAUUAUUAAACCUGCCUGGUUGAAAACACAUUGCGAUCCUGUUUUAUUUAUUCUAAAAUUAAUGCCCCCCGCCAGACUAGCUAACAGCAGAUUAGUAGCUGUUUAUGUCUUUACUGUUUUUCCUUAAGUUGUAAAAGGAAAAACCUGUGUUUCUUCAACCAGUACUAGUAGAAGCCAGCAGCAAACACCCGGUCCUCAUCUUUUCUCAAAUCAUUUUACAAUAUCAUUUUUGUGCCAGUCUUCUCCAGGUUAUUUAAAAGAAAUUCUGGAACAGCUUCUUGGAGCCGUAGUUGUAGCCACAAACCCAUCAGGCCAUCUCAUCAGUGAGCUUUUUCAGAAGCUUCCUUCUAAAGUGGUGAGUGAUAAUGCUGAACUUUGAAUGUAAACCGAAGGCUUUUCCCAUUCAAAUUAAAGUUGGACGGUACAGUGGUGCUCCGCAAGACGAAUGCCUCGCAAGACGGAAAACCCGCUAGACGAAAGGGUUUUCCGUUUUUCAAUGCGCUUCGCAGGACGAAUUUCCCUAUGGGCUUGCUUCGCAAGACGAAAAUGUCUUGCGAGUCUUGAGAUUUUUUUCCGCUUCCCCCCCUUUUUCUAAGCCGCUAAGCCUUUAAUAGCCUUUUAGCAGCUAAGCCGCUAAGCCUUUAAUAGCCGCUAAACCGCUAAUAGCGCUAAGCCGCUAAUAGGGUUGCUUCGCAAGACGAGAAAACCGCUAGAUGAAGAUACUUGCGGAACGGAUUAAUUUCGUCUUGCGAGGCACCACUGUAGUUCUGUUUGGGCUGCACCAUCAAGCUCAUGAGUCUUAUAUACUUAAUGAUAUAGACUAGUCAUAAAGCAGUCUAUGCCAGCAAAACCAGAGUAACACACUGUCAACUCAUAAUACCAGUUCAAGAAAUCAUUACUGUACAGAGGCUGUGUAUCCCAGGUACAGGAUCUUGCAAGGAGGUUUCACUGGGACUGCCAAGUAAAAGUGUUGGGAUCAGAGAUGAGAAACUGUAUAUAUGUGUAGACACACAUAUAUAAUCUUAGAUUCAUAGAAUCUUACAGUUGGAAGGGACCCAAAGGUAAUCUUGUCCAACCCCCUGCAAUGGAGGAAUCCAGGAGAGUCCACCACCUCUCGUAGGAUACUAUUCCACUGCCGAACAGCUCUUACAGUCAUAAAGUUUUGAGUCCUACCCUCAAGGGCAGGAGAAAACAAGGUUGCUCGCUCUUCCAUAGGACAGCCCUUAAGAUAUGUGAAGAUGGCUAAUCAUAUCGCACACACAAACUGUUUAAAUGAUACACUAUGCUGAACAAGAACUAUUACCUACACAUAUAGUAGUUCAGAUUGUGUCCCUACACUGUUUUUAGGAAGCCCCUUUCUUACAAUAUAAUACUAAGUAUUUUGCUUAAAAAAAAUCUAUUUAAGUGUGAUUUACUUUCUAGUAAAUGUCUUUAGGAUUGUAGCUGUUCGGCGGUGUAGUGGUUGCUCACGAGUAACCAGGCAGGACUCCGACCUGUCUCUGGCAGGUUUUUAUUGGUACAAACUAUUUACAGUGCAGGACCAGAAAGUUCAUGUCCGUCUCAAUCACUUGCAGAUUCCGGGAGUGGCCCCUUCCAGUUUCCCCUCCAGCAUAAGAACUUAGACACCCCAAAUCUCCGCCUUCCCUCCUUGUGUUUCACCCCUCGACGUAAACUGAACAACGGUGGCCGGCUGGGCUAGGUGAGGCGCUUGGGCUCUCAGUAGCAUCUUUGAGCCCUCCCCUCACUCGGCUUUCCCAUUCUGCCUCUGCUCCACUGGAGGUGUGGCUUUCCCCAUCGUUGGACAAGGAGCGGCUUCUCAGAAGUGUCAGCGGCUCUCUGUAUUCCCAUUCCUCACUCCCCUGUUCUGAUGUCAGCUCCCUGACAGUAGCCCUAGUUGGGAAGGUUCUGUUGAAACUGGUGAUAGGAUGGUUGAUAGAUCACUGUUUAUGCUUAUUUCAGAUGGAAUUAAUUUUGUUUUUCAGCAAUAUCCUGACUAUUAUGCAAUAAUUAAAGAGCCCAUAGAUCUGAAGACUAUUGCCCAGCGAAUACAGGUGCCGUACAACUUUUGGGGUCACUUUUAUAAAAGCGAUUUAGCAAAUUUAAAAGUAAAUAUAUAUGGAAAUGAAUGUUAAAACAAUAUUUUGGUUUUCUGGGGGCAAAAGUAUGUUUAGGUUAAUGAUAUUACUUGUGCAUUUUGGGACUUAACUGAAAUGGUUCAUUUAUGUCACUACGGUAGUGACAAUCACUGAUCAAGUAGGCUGGUUUAGACUAAGCAGUAUAAGUUUAAUAGACCAUUGUUUAUUUAAGCUGAGAAUGAAUGUUUUGUCCAUGUGAUCAUUGUCCUUCUUUACUCAUCUUACGCAGUUGGUGCUUCUAUCAUAGUUGUUGUUGUUUUUUACACCACUGUUUUCCAUUCCUUUUGAACUCAUUUAAUCUUUAUUUACUAACCAGGAUAGCUGGGGGUUAAACCACAGUUUCCCAGUAUCUGGCAUUGCACAGAGUAGGAAACUAUGGUUUAAACAAGCUGCAGUAGACACCCUGAAACUUGUACACAAGUGGAAUGAGGUUUGCGAGCAUGACACUCAUUUUCACCUUAUAUUAACCAUUACUUAUUAAGCCAAGGUCAUUACAUCUGAACUGGUUUUGGUACAACAGUUCAUUUAUUGCUGCUUCAGACAGUAGUCAUUUCAUGUGAUUUAUUGGACCUAGUCUACGCGCUGCUUUGUGUGCCAUGAUUUCCCGCACAGUAGUUGCUCCUACGUGAUAAUGACAAAAACUUGACAGAACCACGAAGAGGUUGAACUGCAACCUUUUACAAUAAUAAAUAAAAUUAAUGCAUACAUAAUAUGUUCCAUUUUUUGUUCUUAGAAUGGAAGUUAUAAAAGCAUUCAUGCAAUGGCCAAGGACAUAGACCUGUUAGUUAAGAAUGCCAAAACUUACAACGAACCUGGGUCUCAAGUAUUCAAGGUAAAGUAACUUAGCAUUUUAAUAUGAAGUGUUUUAUUCAAAUGCAUUUGUCAGGUUUUGGAACAGUAAGAUCAGUGCAGUUCUGAGUUAGGGACAGGGGAGGAUAUGAAAUGGUGGAUUAGCUGCCAUUUCCAAAAUCAUGGUGCCAUGCACCAGCCAGGCAAGAAUGCAGGGGGUGGAUUUUUACCUCUGUUUUGUCCCCAUGCAGCACUUAAUUUUUUAUCUCAUUCCACUCUCCAAAACUUAGUUCCAAAGGGGGAAAUUUUUGAAUGCCAAUUUCAAGUCUGUAGGAAUGUGGGAGACAUUUCUGGGGCUUCUCUGGAGAUUGAAGGGGUUGUGUCCAAUAGAGCCAAGGCUUCCUCUGAACCACACAUGGCUUGCCCCAUUUUGGGGGGUUAAUGUCACCUAUAGCUGGCAAGGAUACUACCAGUGGAAGAUUCAUGCCAUGGAAGAAUCAUGCUGUGGAAUUUUCUGUCGACCUAACAGGAACCUGUACUGUGGAUGUGGUCUUUCCCACAACAGAGAAGCGCCGCCAUGCACCUGGGGCUUAGAUUGCUUUGUAUACAGUCGUACCUUGGAAGUCAAACAGCUUAGUUCCUGAACGAUUUGGCUCCCGAACGUCACAGAUUGUUCCGGUUUGAAAACUAUUUUUGGAAGCCGAACGUCCGACAGGGUUUCCACGGCUUCUGAUUGGCUGCAGGAGCUUCCUGCAGCCAAUCAGAAGCUGCGCUUUGGUUUUUGAACAUUUUGGAAGUCGAACGGACUUCCGGAAUGGAUUCCGUUUGAUUUCCAAGGUACAACUGCAUUAUGUCCUGUACUCUGUUUAAUACAACAUAAAUAUUGAUAUUUUUCCUUUCCUUUCUUUAUGAAAAGUUUUUAUCUAAAUGAAGUUAUCUUACAUAUUGUUUAAAUACACUUUCAAGGAACAUUUGUCCGUAAAUACUGAUGAUGCCAUCUUUAGCCUUUAAAAAUAAAUAAAAUACAUUUUCAAUUCAUUAACAGGAUGCAAAUGCAAUAAAGAAAAUAUUUAAUAUGAAGAAAGCAGAAAUUGAGCAUUCUGAACUGACCAAAUCAAGUCUCCGAAUCAGGUACCGUGGGCAGAAUGAAAGUAUAUAAAGUUAUUCAAGUUUUCUCUUUACUUUAGAAAAAAAAAUCUACAGAGAAAUAUUAGCUCACAUUAACUCACGUUAUAUAUUAUAGUAUUUGGUUUCAAAUAUCUCUGAACCUAACUUGUGGGGAAACAGCUGGAUCUGGAAAUCAUACAGCCAGUUUCUUCCUUUGUUAAUGAACAUAGAUUUUCACAACCGUCUGAGCCAUUGGAAAGGUUUGCAUUGGGACUCUGCUGAACAGGCCAGACACCAAAUGCCCCAUAUUCAACUUAUCUUGACCUUAUAAAUAAAAAAAUUGUCCAGUAGCACCUUAUAGACCAACUAAGUUUGUUCUGGGUACAAGCUUUCGUGUGCAUGCACACUUCUUCAGAUACACUGCAACAGAAGUCACCAGACCCUUAUAUAUAGUGGGAGGGUGGGGUGGGGUUUUGGUCAUCUGCAUACUAUCCCAUCCUUUUUCCUUUGGGACUAAUUGCAGUCAUUAACAGUCCUCAACAGGUUUACCAUACCCUCUGAGUCAAUCACCCAUCUCCUACUACCCUUCUGAGAAAGAGCUUAUACUGCACACAAAAGCUUAUACCCAGAACAAACUUAGUUGGUCUCUAAGGUGCUACUGGACAAUUUUUUUAUUUAUUUCAACUGCGUCAGGCCAACACCCACCUGAAUAUUAUCUUGACCUUGUUUGCAGUUGAUGCUACUGGGGAACAUCUGUGCCUCCUCUUUCCAAAGGAUUAUAUUUUCGCCUAGGCCUAGUCUUUCCACAACCAUAGAAAUUCAGCCUGUGCUAUCUAGAGCCAGUUUAGCCUGACCUCCAUCUUUGUGGCGAUAAGUCAGUUCAGUUAAUCCCAAUCAGAAGUUUGGUGACCACCAUGACAAAAUCUUCAUGGUGCAUUACAGUAGAGGACUUAUUCCCAUGUUUCCAAAAAUACAUUGUGAUGUCCUGUGAACACUUGGUAGAAAAUCCAAUUGAUACUAGAAAGACUUCCAAGAAAACAUACAGAAUAUUGGGCUACAAAGCUGUUGGUACGGAAAUUUCUGAUGUAGCUCACUUUUGUAAUUCCCUUCUGCUUAAAAACUGUCCAUUUGAAAUUUUUAAUAUGAAUUUCUUUUUGUUGCAAAAUUUUGAAGUGAGAGCAUGAAGGCCCCAUUUACCUCAAGAACUUGUUGUUCAAAUUCUUUAACAUCCCUCUUUAUUAAUGCUAUGCAGUUGCUUGGUUUUUGAUUAUAUAGUAAUGACAGGAAUUUUCUUCAGUUUUUCUUGUAUAUUUUUCUUCUUUGUGUCUCCUGCAUAUAUCUCAGAGCUUAAAAUACUGUACUUUUUAACUACUUAUUGUGUUUAUGAACCUAGAAACCUUCUCUUGUUGCUUUUCUGCAACGCAGUUUGCUUGAGAAUUGACUUUGACAUGGCUUUUUGCCUCUAACACAGAUGCUUUUAUUUGGUAAUACACUGCACUUGGAUGUGUAAUUCCUUCCAGUUUCAAAAUAGCACAGUUUUAGACGACUUUGCUUCUACUGUAUGUUGGACUAAAUAUGGAGGCUGCAGUUUCCAUUGUAUCUGCUUUGUGCGAAAUUAAUGGGAAUAACCUCAUAGUACAGAUGAAGAAACACUUUUAGCAUUAGAUAGUGGCUCUUAAAAUGUAUUACUCUCACCUUGAUAGGAAGUUCAGUAACAUUUAGCAUAACCCUUUUCACUAAAAUGUAAUGGCACAACCCUUUUUAACUUAUAUUUCAAUACUUAUUCUGUAAAAAAACUUCAUCCUAACUGUAUAUCAUCUUGGCUGUCUGGUGGAUUUCUUUUUUUCACUUUCUCUGGCUUGUUCAUGCUUCAUAAAGGACUGCAAAUUUGGCUGCUUCCAAGCUGACAGGUCCUUCCUCACAGGGUAAAGGCAGUGUUGUCGAUGACAGAAAUGCUGCUAAUAAAUAUUAUCGGUGAGUACUUAUCUCUGGAUGUUAUUCAGUUCAUCCACUUUUUAUAAUAGAUUAUGUUGGUUGUUUUCCUCCAAUCUCUAAAUCAGAACGGUCCAUUUCACUUACAUGUGGAAGAAAUUUUUUAAAAAUUAAAAAUAAGUAAUGAGCUUGUUUGGUUCCUGGAAAUAUUACAGCAACCUCUUUGAUUUCCUAAAAUUGAAUUACGUAGAAUAGUUCUGUAGAUGAAAAUAUUCAGUUGCCAAAAUAUACUUCCACAAGUCAAAACAAGAGUUUUGUGACUCCUUAAAAGAGUAGCAAAAUAUACAGUGCCAUAAACUUUCAUGGACUAGCACCCAAUUCAUCAAAUACACACACAGAGGUGGUAGUGGUUGUAAGCAGUGAAGGAGAGAACAGUGAAAUGCAUAAAGAACUGUCAGUGACAAAUUCAAUAAAAGCAAGGAAGGGGAACCUGUUUCUCUCCAGAUGUUUCUGUACUACAACUCCCAUCAUGCCUGACCAUAGACCAUGCUGACUGAAGCUGAUGGGAGUUAGAGGCCAACAACACCCAGAGAGCCAAAGCUUCCCCAUCCCUGAAUUAGAAGCAAAAUGUUUGUAAAAUAAAUGCAGUGACCCUUCUCAACAGGCAGUGAUAUUUGAUUACCCAAGUGCGUAAGAGCUUUGUUUUACCAGACCAGAGACCUUUCUAUUCCAGCAUUCUGUCUCCCACAGUGACUAACCCAUAAGCAGGACUUGGGGCAAAGAGCCCUUUCCUGAUUUAUUCUUAAGGAAUUAUUGUUUUAUUUGUAUGCAACGUUAAGCAAAUUUCUUUCUUCAAUUAAACAGGAUUUCAUUAUUUGGGUAAUACUCCUAGUAGAGAACCUUGGAAACUCAGCAGAGCCUAAUAGUUUCAAUUUCUCUCUCUCUCUCUUUCUGUGUGUGUGUGUGUGUGUGUGUGUGUGUGUUCAAAUGAUUUUGAGCGGGGAGAGGGGGGUCCCUUUGCAUAAUUUCAUUUUAUUUAUUUAUUUUAUUAGAUUUAUAUACCACCCUUUGUCAAAAGAUCUGGAGAUGGUUCACAAGAUAAAAGCACAAAUAAAUACCGUAUUUUUCGUUCUAUAGGGUGCACCGGCCCAUAGGACGCACCUCGUUUUUUGGGGGGGGAAAUGAAUAAAAAAAAUUAUCCCCCCCCCGCGGCUGCCGCCCCAAGCCUCGCGUGCUUCGGGCUGCAGGCUACCGCCCAAGCCUCGCGCGCUCGGCGGGACCUCCUGCCGGUCGCGCAAGGCUUGCAGACACUCGCCCAAGCACGGGAGCCCUCCGGAGGGCUCCCGUGCUCGGGCGACAGGCUGCCGCCCCAAGCCUCGCGCGCUCGGCGGGACCUCCUGCCGGGCGCGCAAGGCUUGCAGACACUCGCCCGAAGCCUCGCGCGCUCGGCGGGACCUCCUGCCGGGCGCGCAAGGCUUGCAGACACUCGCCCGAAGCACGGGGAGCCCUCCGGAGGGCUCCCCGUGCUGCGGGCGACAGGCUGCCGCCCAAGCCUCGCGCGCUCGGCGGGACCUCCUGCCGGGCGCGCAAGGCUUGCAGACACUCGCCGAGCCUCGCACGCUCGGCGGGACCUCCUGCCGGGCGCGCAAGGCUUGCAGACACUCGCCCGAGCACAGGAGCCCUCCGGAGGGCUCCCGUGCUCGGGCGACAGGCUGCCGCUCCAAGCCUCGCGCGCUCGGCGGGACCUCCUGCCGGGCGCGCAAGGCUUGCAGACACUCGCCCGAAGCACGGGAGCCCUCCGGAGGGCUCCCGUGCUUGGGCGACAGGCUGCCGGCCGGCCUCGCACGCCGGCGGGACCUCCUGCCGGGCGCGCAAGGCUUGCAGACACUCGCCCGAGCCUCGCGCGCCGGCGGGACCUCCUGCCGGGCGCGCAAGGCUUGCAGACACUCCCGAAGCACGGGAGCCCUCCGGAGGGCUCCCCGUGCUUCGGGCGACAGGCUGCUGCCCCAAGCCUCGCGCGCUCGGCGGGACCUCCUGCCGGGCGCGCAAGGCUUGCGGACACUUGCCGGGGCUGCAGGCUGCUGCCUGCAAGCCUUGUGAGCCCGCGGGAACUCCCAAGGGGCUUGCAAGGCUUGCAGAUAGUUUCCUGAAGCCUGGAGAGCGAGAGGGGUCGGUGCGCACCGAUGCCUCUCGCUCUCCAGGCUUCAGCGAAAGCCUGCAUUCGCUCCAUAGGACGCACACACAUUUCCCCUUCAUUUUUGGAGGGGAAAAAGUGCGUCCUAUGGAGCGAAAAAUACGGUAGUCAAAACAGAAGCAACAAAACAAUAACACCCCCAAACACAUUUCAAAGCCUGUAGAAUAUUAAUUGGCCAAAGGCCUGGUUGAAGAUGAAUGUUUUCGCCUGAUGCUUAAAAAUAUCUAAAGAAGGUGCCAGGUGAGCCUCCCUGGGGAGAGCAUUCCACAAAUGGGGAGCAACUGCAGAAAAGGCCUGUUCUCCUGUUGCCACCCUCCAGACCCCUCAGGGAGGAGGCAUAUGAAGAAGGGCCUCAGAUGAUGAACUCAGAAUCCAGGUUGGCUUAUAUGGGGAGAGACACUCCUUGAGGUAUUGCAGUCCUGGGCAUUUAAUGCCAAUAGUAUUGUUGUAAGACAGCAGCAUUGCGCAUCUCAAACAUUUGAGUUUCAGAAUAUUUUCUUACAUUAAAUAAUUCAUAAGUCACAGCGUAUGGAAUGUAUAAUAAGCUUAAAAUAUCACUGCUUUGAGAAAACAGUGUAUCAGCUGGAAAGCAAGACAGUUCUUCCCAUAUCAAGCGUUUCAUUAAGUUGACACGCUUACAAAGCUGCAGUCUUGUAAUCUGCCUACUGCUGAGCCUAGUUCCUCAGCACGAAUGCAUGAUAAUUAAAACUGCUUUACUAGUUUAAUUAUCAACUGCACUUUUAAUCACAAUUAAAAUUAGCUUGAGUUUAUUUUCAGAAGAACUCAUGGGCUAUAAAUCUGAAACAUUAGCUUGAAGAAAGCUGGUUCAUAAAUUUAAAUUCUGUCACCAAAUUAAUAUAAUUCACACACACACACACACACACACACACAUACACACACACCUUCUUCUAUAUGCUUAUUUUUAUUGUAUCACUUAGAUAAAUGCUCCUGUUUUAAAUGUAGAUUUAUUCUUCCUCUCCCCAGGGAAUUUUUCAUUCAAUAGCUGUUUUGUUUUAAAUUCACAGUAACAAAAGAGCUGUCCAAGGAGAUCGUUUAUCAGCAAUAACCAUGGCACUGCAAUAUGGAUCUGAAAGCGAUGAAGAUGCUGUUUUGGCUGGUAGGUCAAUAUCUUUAGGAAAAGGUCAUUUGUGGAGUUCCUAGCCCUCCUGUCCUUUCAGAUUAAAAUGGGUGACAACCUUUUAGAUUAGUAUCUAAUAAAAGUGCAUGUUGGACAGCCCUCCACAUGUUGUUGGACUAGAACUCCCAUAAUCCCUGACCAUUAGUCAUGCUGACUGGGGCUGAUGGAAGAUGUAGUUCAGAAGCAAGUGGAGGGCACCACAUUGGCUGUCCCUAAACUACAUUAAUCCCGGGUCUAUUUUGAACAAUAGUGCAUAUUAAAUUUAAAUCUUACAUUGCUUUGCAGGAAAUACCUACGUUUAGACUUUCUCAUCUCAGGAAUGAGAGAGCACUUAUUUAACCAUGCCUCUUGUUCUCUUUAGAGUAAAUAUGCUAGUCUAUCCCCCCUCACCCUUCUAGUGUUCUGCCAGUGUCUCUGUGCCAGGGCCGGAUUUAGGUUUGAUAAGGCCCUAAGCUACUGAAGGUAAUGGGGCCCUUUAUAGGUCUAGCUGUCCUUUGUCAACAACAAAUUGUCACUGUCUUUUGUGUUGAAUAUAUGCUAUAUGGUAAUUUAUGGACCUAAUAGGUAUCUAAAGCCAUUUGCACAUAACGAAGUAUGUAUUUUAUCAAACUAAUUGUUGAAAAGUCCAUGCAGAAUGCAGGCACCCUAUAUAUAGAAAUGAGCAAACCAGUGAUAUUUUAGGGAGCAGGCUAGCAGGCAGGGCCCAUUACUUACAUCAUAGGAGCUUACACAACACAAAACACUGUUGCUGUAUGUGGAUUUUAUUUUAUUUGUUUUUUAUCUUAUAUUUUGGAAAUGUACAUCCAGGGUUUUUUUCUUUAAUUUUUUUUUUGGGCCCCCCAAGAGAGUGGGGCCCUAAGCUAUAGCUUGUUUAGCUUAUAUGUAAAUCCAGCACUGCUCUGUACUGACUCUUUUCAUUCUUCUUUGUCAGUUUCAAUAUUUUUGUUCCUGUAUUUCAGCUUUAUGGAGCUGAGAGGUAUAUAAUUUUCACAGAACGCAGCACAAAAAUAACUCGUCUCUAAUUUGCUUAUAUUAUUGAUAUUCCCGUAUCAAUGGUCAGUGGCUGUUUAUAUUUUGCUUCUCUUAUGGCCAUAGCCUUUUCUUCCACAUGAGUUUACGUUUUUUAAUUUUGAUUAGGGCCAGCAAAGACAAAUGUGGGUAAUGUGGCAGGUGCUUUUUGCAUUUCUUUCAUCAUGGUUUCCUGCCUGGUUUCUUGAAGCUGCCACAUUAGUAGAUUUAUGGUUGUUUCCACAUUUCCUGGAUUUGCCUGUAUUGGUCCUUUAAUGCCCAAUCCUACCUGUAGAUAGUGAAUGAAUAAGUAACUACCUGAUCCUUCCAGCCAACUGCAGAUAAAACUGUUUUGAAGCUGGAGAAUCAGCAGCAUAUAUCAUAGAAAACGUGUAAGGUCUCAGUCUCUUAUUAGAACUAUGAAACCAGCCAGGUAGCAGAAAGUAGUUGCAUUCUUCUUUGAACAAUCCAAUAUUAACUCAUUUACUAUUUAAAACAGAUAAAUGUAAAGGGACCCCUGACCAUUAGGUCCAGUCGUGACCGACUCUGGGGUUGCGGCGCUCAUCUCGCUUUAUUGGCCGAGAGAGCCGGCAUACAGCUUCCGGGUCAUGUGGCCAGCAUGACUAAGCCGCUUCUGGCGAACCAGAGCAGCGCACGGAAACGCUGUUUACCUUCCCACCGGAAGGUAUUUAUCUACUUGCACUUUGACUUGCUUUUGAACUGCUAGGUUGACAGGAACAGGGACCAAGCAACGGGAGCUCACCCCAUCGCGGGGAUUCAAACCGCUGACCUUCUGAUUAGCAAGUCCUAGGCUCUGUGGUUUAACCCACAGCGCCACCCGUGUCCCAUUUAAAACAGAUAAAUAAGCUGAAAUUGUGUAAUUGUUUUUCCUCGUUUCUAGCUGCUGCCCGUUAUGAAGAAGGGGAGUCUGAAGCCGAGAGCAUAACUUCAUUUAUGGAUACUUCCAACCCUCUCUAUCAGCUUUAUGAUAUCGUUAGGAACUGCAGGAACAACCAGGGUCAGCUCAUAUCAGAACCCUUUUUUCAUUUGCCUUCGAAGAAAAAGUAUCCUGACUAUUACCAACAAAUCAAAAUGCCUAUUUCAUUGCAGCAAAUCAGGUAAAACAUAAUGUUUGAUGGUUUCAAGAACAGUUUCUUUACCAAUCUUAAACCACGAGUCAGCUCUUCUAAUGACUGUAUUUGAUAGAUUGUAUGAUUUUUCCUAAAUCCUGUAUGUGUUUAUGUACAAGAUUUUAAGCUCCUUGUUUUAGCAGUUGAGAGUGAAGAGUCUCUUUACAUAUUAAACCCUUGGAAUGCCAGCAUAAUAUCAUAUAUAAGCUUUAAGGUGAUCCAAAUAAAGGUAGAUGAUUAAUUCAUAAGUAAUCACAUGACCCUUCUUUCACUUUAGCCUUAAUUAUGCUUUAAUCUACAUAUGAACGAUUGAGAUUUGAUAAACCGAAAUAUCUCUAGAAGUACAAUUCACCUGAUUCUUUUUCUAAUACGUUUGUUUUAUGUUUGAUCGCAGUAAGGAUCUGACUGUUUAUUUUCAAGUAAAGCACUAGUGUUCAUAUAUGGUUAACAUGCCCAUUCUUCUUUAGUUUUCAUGAGACGUUCAAAGCAAGCAUGUGAAGAGGGCAGUGGGGUUGUGAAUAGGGCUGGACGAUACCAGCUUUUCAGCAUCGCAGUGUAUCACCAACCAAACAUUGUGAUACAGUUAAACAUUGCAAUGUUGAAAAGUGGAGGGAGGAACAAGCUGCAUCAGGCCCUGUCCCACGAGGUGCCAGGGUGAAACCAGUGCCGCUCACGCAAGAGCAGCGGUGGUUUCACCCAUGAUAUACCACUGGGUGAAGGCACCUUCAUGCUUUGGACCUCAAACCAGUCCUGGGUGAUAUAUUGAUAGAUCGCCCAGGCCUAGUUGUGAACCAUGGUCAAGCGAUCUCAGCUAGAAGUCUCAGUGUGGUCUGAAACCCUGCACUGUCCGGUUCCUGAUCACCCUAAGAUUUCUAAGCAUACUCCUCCAAAAUAUACUUGGGAAGACUGGGGCUAAACAUCCAGGAUGGGAGCAUGAGAGGCAGGGGCAGUGUGUGCAUCCUCAUGACAGGUUGUUCCCUCACCCCCAUGCAGGGCAUUUAAAAUCACAUUUCAAGCCUUCUAGUGUCAUAUGAGAGAUGUUCCUGUAUCUUGAUUUUGUCAUGUGCUUGGGAAACAUUAGAAUUAUUUCUUUUUCUUUUCAAACUCCUCCGGCACUAGCUGAGGAGGGAAGGGGGGGAAUGGGGAGGAUAUUAAUUCAGCACUUUUAAGUUAGUAGAUUAUGUUUUAUUAAAAAAGUAACAGGAAUUGUUGCACCAAUGAAAUGGGACUGAUUAUCUCUUCUACAGAACAAAACUAAAGAACCAUGAAUAUGAAACUCUGGACCAUUUGGAAUGCGAUUUAAACUUGAUGUUUGAAAAUGCCAAACGUUAUAAUGUUCCAAAUUCUGCCAUUUACAAGAGAGUACUGAAAAUGCAGCAGGUUAUGCAGGUAAAACUUCACACUCAAAUAGCUACGUCUCUGGGGUUAUUUUUGCAGGAGCUAGCAUUUGGUGCAUUUAUAUCUGCAUUGGCACACUGCUGUGAUAGUAAUUCUUCUUGGUGCUAUUUCUGUGUUUAAACUCUAAGCAUUAUUCUUCUAUAUGUUUCCGAAUGAGAGUUUUUAACUGAUAGCCAUAUGGCUAGAAAUACAAAUGAAUAUUCUGGAUGAGGAAUGAAUCUUGCUAAACUAAUUUUCUGCACUGGUAAUCUUAAAUCAGGUUUUUGAAGAAGACAUUGUAUACAGCUUUCAAGAUAUAUGUAUUAAGAGCAACUGAUAGCUAGUAAGACAUUUUGCCAUAGAAGCUUAGAUAGAAGGCUUGCUGUUCUGGAAUAAGCUUGAUUAUUUAGAUAUUCUGUGUACAGUAUUUAAUAUUUUGCUUUAUACAUGUAACUUGAAUGGCUUUCUAUUGAUGCUACUACUAUAUUUCUGCAUUUCAGAAUGAACAUUAUCUCUGGAACUGUUAAAUAUUCAUGCAUUCAGGGGACAUUCAGUGGAUUGAAUUUAACUCUAGGGAUUUGUUUUCUUCCAGGCAAAGAAGAAGGAGCUAGCCAGAAGAGAUGAUAUCGAGGAUGGAGACAGUAUGAUCUCUUCUGCAACAUCUGAUGCUGGAAGUUCAAAAAGAAAAAGGUAUGCACUUGCUGUUAAUAAUAAUUAGUAAUUAUUUGAUUUAAUUUUCAGUUAUUUAAAGCCAGUUAUCAGCUGUGUCUUUAUUGACAAGGUGAUCUAUCAAAUAUGUAAAUAUACAGUUCGGAAAAAAAAAAAGUAUUAUACCCUGGUCCAUAUGCUGAGGUGAUAAGAAAUUUUAAAUGUGAUAUUUGACAUAGGUAUUUUAUCUGACUAUUCCUAUUUUCUGUUAAAAGGUACAAUACCAUAUAGAUGGUAAGGCUGCAAUCAAUCCUAUGCACUUAGCUGGGAAUAUGCCCCAUUGAACACAGUUCUUACUUUUAAGUAAACAGUUAAAUCAGAAAGAAAGGUGUAUCUAUUAAGGGGUUAAGUGUGGUUGGAAAAUGCCUUACUUGAUUGUUCAGGAAACCUCUAAAUGUUGGGAUCCUUUGAAGACCCUAGAAGGUGGGACAGGAGGCUUCAUCUUUCCAUUUUACUCUCUUUUCAGAUAAUACUGGGAGAGGUUCUCUGAAUAAUAUGACUGUGAAUGCAACAUCACAGUUCACUUUUGAGAUUAGUUUCACCACCAUUGCUUUGACCUCGUUAGCUUAGCAGUUCCUUCUACCCAGUGCUUUUUUUCUGGGGGGACGCAUAACCCUAAACAUUUUGUGAAUCUAAGUUUGGCCUCAUUGAGGGGCAGUAUUUCAAUAUGAGUAGGAAAAUGAGAGUGCCCCUGAACAUUUUCUUUAGAAAAAAAGCACUGCUUAUACCAGAUCAUUGUGCUUGAGGGAGGGAGAGGAAAUUCAUUAUAUUAAAUCAGGCUUCCUCAGCCUCGGCCCUCCAGAUGUUUUUGGCCUACAACUCCCAUGAUCCCUAGCUAGCAGGACCAGUGGUCAGGGAUGAUGGGAAUUGUAGUCUCAAAACAUCUGGAGGGCCGAGGUUGAAGAAGGCUGUAUUAAAUCUUUCAGAGCAUGAUUUUUAAAAGUGUUCAAUAUUAAUCUUCACAGUAUUAAUAGUUUUUCUAUUUGUAGCACCAACCAGCCUGGUACCUGGGUGGUCAUGAAGCAGAGAAAUUGUAACUCACCCACCUCAUCACCUGUUGCCUCCCCGCUUGCCAUAACCCCUUUUAAAGGAGAGGAGAGCUUCAGAGAUUGCUUUUUUGAAGUGUCGCCGCCCUCUGCAAAACUUCACUGCAGUCAUCUAUAACCAGGGUGGAGGUAGGCACUUCACAGAGUGAUUUAGGAAACCUCUCUGUGAAGUGCCUCUCCCCCAUGUUACAUCUUGCUGCCGCUGCAUUGAAUAGAGCAGUGGUCUGUUUCACAGCAGCAGUGAUCAACGAGGAGGCGGUGGCACUCAUCUGACCUCCUGUCGCCUGUGUCACUGCUGCUUACUGCGAGGUGGAAGGGUGAGGUUGACGUUGUGAAAGCGCUCCUGUGCAACCAGUCCCAUGCUCCUGUUUGCGCUGCGCUGACCUUGCACUUUCCCCUCUACCUCCCAAUGAACAGGAGGUCAUGUGAGUGCCACCAGCUGCCACUGCGUAAUGGCUUGGGGCCAGGCUGCUUGAAGAACACCUUUCCCCAGGUAUUCCCACCAAGACUUUGAAGAUCUUCAUCCGAUACCUUUCUCCAGGUUCCCCUGCUUAAUGUGGUAAUGCAGGUGUCUGCCGGGGACAGGGCCUUUUCAGUGGUGGCACUUCAUGUAUUCCAUGCCCUCCCCAAAAACGCUUGCCUGGUGGCUGUGCACCAGAUGAAAAGCUUCCUGUCCCUCCCUCCCACCAAUACCUUUAUAAUAGCCUUUUAAUGGUAGUUUUGGUGGUAAUUUAGCUCUCUCAGUCAAGUUACCCCUUCAGGCUUUGUGCUGGUGUAAAAAGUUUAAGCUGUUGUUCUAUACCAGGCAUGUCCAACCAGUAGAUCACAAUCUACCAGUAGAUCCCCAGCUGAUCCUGGUAGAUCGCGAGACCCUUAUCGAUCGUGGGAUUAAAUAAAGUUUACCAAAAGCUAACAAAUAAAAGCUGAAGAGCUCUGUGCAAUCCCACCCCCAAAAAGCUCACCCACCUCACGCACGCUCCUCCUCCCUCCAAUGACAAUGGCUAGAUCAUUGCCAGUUUUUUAUAUUGGGAGUAGAUCACAGUCUCUUGGGAGUUGGAUGUGUUUGUUCUAUACAGUUUUAAAUGUUUUGUAAUGGAUUGUUGGUAUUAUUGGAUUUAUUAUUAUUAUUAUUGGUAAACUUCAUUCAAUUUUGAAUUUAAGAAGCUGUGAACCCCUAGAGAACAUAGGUGGUAAAAUUAAUAAAUAAGUAUCCCCUCCCCCCUUUCAAAUCUAACAGCAAAAAGAACAUAAAGAAGCAGCGAAUGAAAAUUUUGUACAAUGUUGUUCUUGAGGCACGAGAGCCUGGCACUGGCCGAAGACUUUGUGAGCUGUUCAUGGUGAAACCUUCCAAAAAAGACUAUCCAGAUUAUUACAAAAUCAUCUUGGAGCCAAUGGAUUUAAAAACAAUAGAGCACAAUAUCCGCAGUGACAAGUACGUUGGGGAAGAGUCUAUGAUAGAAGAUAUGAGGUUAAUGUUUCGAAACGCAAGGCAUUAUAAUGAAGAAGGCUCACAGGUACGUUCUCAGGAAAGUUCAAACCAGAUUUGUAUAGCUGUCACUCAUGCGUUCCUCUGCUUAUGCUGAUAUUUCAUUAAAUGAAUUUCACAGUAUGUUUUGGUUUUCUAAAAGUAUGAGCUGUGAAAUUUCUUUAUAGCAGUUUAUAUGCAUGCUCCUUGCUUACCUUGUAGAAUAUGUCCAUCUCCACAUACAAAAGAGCAAAAAUGAAUAUCUGUCCUUAGCCUUUGGGUAAAGCAGCCUCCAAAUAUUAUUCAGACUCACCUUUGGGUGGCAAAGGAAACCAUAAAAAACAUACCAUGAUCAAUAUGAGACCUUGAGAUGGAGUGGAUUAUGAGGUCAGAGAAAUGCCUUUGCAUAAUUUGCGAACUAUCAAUUAGUGGUUUCCAUAUUGUGGGUUGGAGAUACUUUGUGUGUAGUUUUGCCAGGAUGCUAAACAAUAUUGAGAAAGUGGAGCACCAGGAGCUAAUAAACUAACUUCUUAUACUGAUGAAUUAGCAAUACUGGGAUCUGGCAUGCCAGAGAUAAACUCUUCCCUGCCUUGCAUAUAUAACCUUAUGGUUAAUCCAUGGAGCUUCCCGUGCCUUUAAGAGAGGCGUGUGGAAGAGAGGGUUGUGCCCCACUUAGGUGGCUCAUUACAUAUUCCGGAAUCCAGUGCAUUUAUGGAUGACCUUCUGCCUAAUGGCAAAGAUGGCCCUGAUCCUACGUCUUCUUUGUGCAGGGAUAGAGCUUUCCCUGCUGCUAUGUGAAUGUUGUAGCUCAUUCUAGGUAGGCGCUUUGGGUCAUGUUAACAAGAUUACCAAAUGCACUUCCUCAUUCUUAAUUAGAACAAAAAGUAAAAUCCUAAUAGCCAUUUGCUGUUUGUUAUUUAUAAAUAUUUUCAUGAUGAAUAGGUUUACAAUGAUGCUCAUAUCUUGGAGAAGAUUCUUAAAGAAAAGAGGAAAGAGCUGGGACCUCUGCUUGAAGAUGAUGAGGUUGCUUCCCCUAAAUUGAAAUUAAGUAAGGAACUGUUGUAAAUUCCCAAGCCUGAUAAAUGAAAUAUAAAAUGUUAACAGAUUGCAGUCUUAUUAAGCUGAGUAGUUUGCAACUUUUCAUCUGCUUCUGAAAUACAGACGAAUUUGACAAAAUAUUUAUUAGAUUUUAAAAUAUAAUUGAGUCCUGAGCAAAGGUGUCCUAAACUGAACUGUGUCAGAGCAUUUAUGCCAAGAAAGAGACAGUCUGGCCCUGAAUAGGGUAGAAGUGUUAAAGCACUGUUCUAAGCUUUUGUAACAUGAGAAACAGUAAAAGCUGAAAUGUUGUUAGAUUUGGGGAACAGCAUGAGAAGUUAUAUAUUUCCCACAUAUGCCUCUUGCAACAUAUCGUUCUUUUUUUUCCUCCCCAGUUUCUUGAUUGCUACUGAGCCAUGUGAUAUUAAUAGAUGUAAAGUACUUUGUGAUCCUCAUCAAAAGUUGCUGCAGAAAUAUCAUGUUGUUUUCUAAAAACAACAACACAGAACUAGUAAUAGAGCAAUGGCCCUUACCAUUUCCGCUAGAGGAGCACUGAUUUUGUACAGGAAGGUUUUCAUUUUGUAUUUUUGCACAGUGCAAGGCCCAAAUCAUUAUGCUUUAUUACUCCACUGCUGGAGAUCAUAUGGUCGGUGGGGUUAUUUUUUGCAGAUUUUUUGUGCUGCUUUGUUUUAAAAGACAAACUGUAUAUCAAAGAAAAAAGAACUGAGAAUGCUUGACAUACUAUGUAUUGUUGACUAUGGGUUGUAAGAAUAGUAAAAAGUAUAGAAGCAUCCAAGACCAGCACAUAUACAGUGUUAGAAACUGAGAUAUGAAAGCUAGGAGCUGAAUAGCACCUUAAACCUAGGUUAUGGGUGCAAAAACGGAACGUCUAGGCACGCUUUUUUAAUAACAAGAAUGCAAAACUGAAAAUGAAUGAACUGCAGCUUAAAUAUUAUGUUCAUUUUUCACAUAUUCUUCCCUUGCCUACCCCCCUAAUAUUCUUAAGAGGGUCUCUUCUCUAGUCUUCAGAGAGUAGCUGGAAGUGGGGAGGCAGAAAAAGGUCUUCCUUUCCUUCCACUCUGCAGUCUUAAUCUGAAAUCUUAAGCACAGUACUGCGCCCAGAGCUCAGAAACUGCUAGCGCUAAUGAAAUUCCCUGUCACAAAAUGCACCUAAAACAAUGGGAGUUUUGAACACUGCACAUGUCCUGCAAACCAUUAUUACCAUAACCUCUUGCAAUUGGUAGCCCUGUUAGCUUCUGGGGCUGUUUUGCUAAAAACUGAAAUGGUUUUGCUGUGCAAGAUGUUUAUUCUGGGAUUUGAAAACUACUUUAAAUAAAUGAAGAAUGUUUUAUAUUCAGAAAAGUUUUUUGUGCUGGGACUAUCAGUUACUGGCCAUGAUCCAGGGUUUCCAGUGUAUCUACGGGGCAGUGAGGAAAAGAGGCUUCAGCAUCCUUUUCUGUGUAGUGCUCUGUGUAAGGUUAUUAUAAGGAAUCUCCCGGUGCACACACAAUUCUCUUCGUUAAAGCCCUGUUCCAACAAAGCUUUGAGAGUGUGCCUUUUGAUUUUGACAUAAGCAAUAUGAACAUGUUUCGUUCUGCUUGGGAGGACCUGUAAAAGGUAAAGGUACCCCUGCCCAUAUGGGCCAGUCAUGUCCGACUCUAGGAUUGCGUGCUCAUCUCGCUGUAGAGGCCGUGCGCCGGCGCCGUCCGAAGACACUUCCGGGUCACAUGGCCAGCGUGACAAAGCUGCAGCUGGCGAGCCAGCACCAGCGCAGCACACGGAAACGCCGUUUACCUUCCCGCUAUAAAGUGGUCCCUAUUUAUCUACUUGCAUUUAAGAGUGCUUUCGAACGGCUAGGUUGGCAGGCGCUCGGACCGAGCAACGGGAGCUCACCCCGUCAUGGGGAUUCGAACCGCCGACCAUACGAUCGGCAAGUCCUAGGCACUGAGGUUUUACCCACAGCGCCACCCGCGUCCCUGUAGGGAGGACCUGUAGCCUAGCCUUAUUUGACAUGACUCUCCAGAUGCUCCGAGUCCACUGUUGCCCUCCAGAUUCCUUCUGCAAAACACUUCCUUUUCCAUGGUGUGUGAGUGUGUGUGUGUGUGUGAGAGAGAGAGGUGCAGACAGAGAAAUUCUGAUGUUUUCAUAUUGUUACGAGAGAAAAUAAAAAGCACAAAAGUCUUGAGAAGGAGCUAUGAUGUGAAAGACACCAAAUUGCAUGUGUCUAAUGUUACAUGAUAUACCCAGAUUAGUAUUUGAGUAACUGAAGCCACAAGAAUGUUGGCUUUUUUUGUCUAGCUUUAAAUUUUGUUCCUCUAGGUAGAAAGACUGGCAUCUCCCCUAAAAAAUCAAAAUAUAUGACUCCAAUGCAACAGAAACUUAAUGAAGUAUACGAAGCGGUGAAGAACUAUACAGAUAAGCGAGGGAGAAGGCUUAGUGCCAUUUUCCUGCGGCUUCCAUCUCGAUCGGAGCUUCCUGACUACUACCUGACAAUUAAAAAGCCGGUUGAUAUGGAGAAGAUCAGAAGUCACAUGAUGGCCAACAAGUAUCAGGACAUUGAUGCCAUGGUUGAAGAUUUUGUAAUGAUGUUCAAUAAUGCCUGCACUUACAAUGAGCCAGAAUCCUUGAUUUACAAAGAUGCUCUGGUGCUGCACAAAGUUUUGCUAGAAACUAGAAGAGACAUAGAAGGAGAUGAAGAUUCUCAUGUCCCAAAUGUAACACUGCUGAUCCAGGAACUUAUACAUAACCUUUUUGUCUCUGUAAUGAGUCAUCAGGAUGAUGAAGGCAGGUGCUACAGUGACUCCUUAGCUGAAAUUCCUGGUGUUGAUCCUAAUUUCCCAAACAAGCCGCCCCUGACUUUUGAUAUCAUACGAAAGAAUGUGGAAAAUAACCGCUACCGGAGAUUGGAUUUGUUCCAAGAGCAUAUGUUCGAAGUGCUGGAGCGGGCAAGGAGAAUGAACCGGUGAGUAAAACUUUACCUUUAUCAACCUCACUAGUAACUUAAGUUACUAGUGCUUGAUUCAGGUAGUUAGCCAUGCUGGUCUGACGCAGUUGAAAUAAAAAAAUAAAAAAUUGUCCAGUAGCACCUUAGAGACCAACUGAGAAGUGUGCAUGCACACGAAAGCUUAUACCAGAACAAACUUAGUUGGUCUCUAAGGUGCUACUGGACAUUUUUUUAUUUGUUAUUUUUAUUAUUAGUGCUUGUGACACACCCCUAUUACAGUGAUCACUGUUGUCAGUGAUACUAAUACAAGAGUCUGUAAGUUACUAGUGCGGGAUUGGACUCUUAUUCCAGGGGCAGGCAUGAAACCACUUUCCAUUAACUUUCCAUAAAUAGCUUUUGCUUGUUACCUUCAAUGCUUAGUACCUUUAAUGUCUCAGAAAGGUAUAUUUUCAGAAAGGUACCUUCAUUGAUUUUGCAAUAUGUAAGUAUGUUUUAGUUAGUUAAAAGCCAGAUGAUUAUCUAACAUAUAUCACACAUAUCUAUGCACAUACAUACACAUAUAUAUACACAUAUAUAUAUACACAUACAUACUAAAAAGUGCUACAAGUUUUAGAGAAGCGUAAAAAAGCAACUUAUACUACUGCAUGAUAUGAGAACUGCAGAUUUUGAGAUGAUAUAACAGGCAUAGGCAAACUCGGCCCUCCAGAUGUUUUGGGACUACAGCUCCCAUCAUCCCUGACCACUUGUCCUGUUAGCUAGGGAUGAUGGGAGUUGUAGUUCCAAAACAUCUGGAGGGCCAAGUUUGCCUGUGCCUGUGAUAUAGCAAGACUUUGGCUCAGUGGAAUUGUCACAGUCUCUAGCCAAUUAAACCAUUGCUUAUUGUCCUGAGAAUGAGCCGUGUGCCCCUACACUUUCUGCUUGCCUUUCCCUCCUCCCCUUCUGCACUUCUACCCUGGCUUACUAAAUCACACUUUUCCAUGACAGCCUAACCAGGGUCAGAGGGGAAAAAAUCAGUUGCAAACAAUGAAAUUUCUUUUUUUUUUUUUUUCAUGCUUCAGCUACAGUUACCUUGUGAAUGUUGUCAUUUCAUGCAGUUUCUCUUUUCUUUAAAGGACGGAUUCAGAGAUUUAUGAGGAUGCAGUGGAACUUCAACAGUUCUUUAUCAAAAUCCGUGACGAACUCUGCAAGAAUGGUGAGAUCCUGUUGUCACCAGCCCUCAGCUACACUACCAAGCAUCUUCAUAACGAUGUCGAAAAAGAGAAGAAGGAAAAGCUUCCUAAGGAAAUGGAAGAAGACAAACUCAAAAGAGAAGAAGAGAAGAGAGGUAAUUGUACUUAAUUUAAACGGCUGCACAUUGUCACUCUUCAUUUAGCAGAUGCUCACUGAAAGGAGACGUAGGUGAACCUUCUCCAGCAUUAUCAACAUUGCUUGAGAGAGGAUGGGCAGUAUAAGAUGAAUUCGUAAAUGAGGUGAUUUGUACAUUUGUGUCAUUCAGCUCUCUUGUUCACCUUGACACUCUGAUGGAAGACAAGGAAAAUGCCAAAUUUACAAUCUACCCUUCUGGGUCAUCUUCCCCAGUAAGAUACCGUCAAAUGUAGAAAAGUAAUUGGACAGAUGGUUGUCAACAUGUGUAUUUCCUACACAGCCUUCACUGAACUAUUCAGAUGUGCUUGCCCCUACAUGUAAUUCAGUCAUGAGGGAAGUACUGUUCAGCAGAGCUCAAAACUGCCAACUCAGCUGGUAAAUUGCAAGUCUUGCACAUGGUAAAUAUAUUGUGAGUGUAGCGAUUGUAUUAGUAUCACUGACAACAGUGAUCACUGUAAUAGGGGAGUGUCACAAGCACUAGUAACUUAUAUACACUUGGUAUUAUAUGUAUGUGAGCUGGGAGCUUUUUAAACAGUAAUAUGCAUUACUUCAUUUCAAAAUGUGGUAAGCCAGACCUGCUGCACUUGGGGACCCUUACGCUCGUGUUGCUAUGUGGGGCCUUAGACGUCUGCCCAAAGUCCUGAUGGUACAACUGGCCACAGGCCCCCUUCCCACCUUGCCACACCAUUUUGAAUACACUGCCAAGUCUGAAAUGCUUUCUUCCUGUUCAUUCUCCCCUCCUCACCCCUCUUCGGAGGCCCAUUUCAGUGAUCAGGGCAUGCUUCUUGCAAAAACAUUCCUCUUUAACCAGGCCUUUGGCUAAUUAACAUCCAAUACCCUUUUAAAUGCCUUGUGGGAGGGUUGUUUAUUGGUUUGUUAUGUUAUGUUUUCUAUCUUGUAUUUUUGUGUUGUGAACUUCCCUGAUAGCUACAGAUGAAGGACAGAAUACAAAUUUAAUAAAAUAAUAAUAAUAAUAAUAAUAAUAAUAAUAAUAAUUUGGGGGGGUGGAAUCUGUCUUACCCCUUGUGUGGCAAGAAUAGCGCCUCUCCCUUGCAUUGCAUGAUGAUGGGGGGAUAUUGCUUGAUAUGGCUGGUGCCAGGAAUUCUUUCUAAGAGGAAAUGGUCACCCUUUACAGGAAAAAUCAUUGGUGUUUAAAGUGUUACAAGGCGAGCAGUCCCGUGUUUUUUAACUGACUGUAAGUCAUUCCCACUGUUUUCUUUUAUGUUGAAUAAGAAGCUGAAAAGAGUGAAGAUUCUUCUGGAGGAUCAGGACUGUCUAGUUUACACAGGACAUACAGCCAGGAUUGCAGCUUUAAGAACAGCAUGUAUCAUGUUGGGGAUUAUGUGUAUGUUGAACCCGCAGAAGCCAAUUUGCAGCCUCACAUAGUCUGCAUUGAACGACUGUGGGAAGAUUCGGCUGGUAAGAAAGACUGUCUUCUUAAUGCUGGUGGCUGCAGCUGUCCUAUGCCCUGUCUUAUAUCCAGAUACCAGCUCCUGUAAACACAGUACAUAUUUCAUUAAGUGGUAAUAGAACCACUACCAUGAGAUUUCCCUAACAAACUGAUAGAUUAUUGAAAUAAUUCAAUGCAAGGACAGCACUGGCUGAUUGUAGAGUGAUCCCUAACAAUUCGUUUCAUGGGACACUGUAGCCAAUGGCACGGGUCACGGGUCGUCAGCUGACACAGGUGGGAGUAAAACUUGUAGGAAGCAGGUCCAUUUCCCUGAGUUUUUCCUCCUGCCUGACGCAGCGGUACGUGUGGAUGUGAGAGGAGACAGCUGUACUUCAUUCUGACUAGCUUCGCCCCCAGGACAGCUAGUGGAAACCUGAGGGAGGAACACAAGUGGUGAUUGUGGCUGAGCUACAAGCUUAGAGCCAUGCUAUGCCCAAAUGCCUCAAGGCCACAUCUGCACCCCAAGCAUAGUGCGACACCUCUCACUAAGAACAAAGAGUCACGUUUCUCUCCCCCCACAGCACUGCUGUUGUGAUUGCCAUGUUAACUGGUGGUACAGUCACCAUUCUGUUCUGUGCAGCAUGAAUGACAACCAGCAUCUCAUCCUUUCUCAAAUGUCUUAUUUUGUGAACUUCAGUUUUCAAAAAAUUGAGGGUUACGGUCUGUCUUUGAUUUGUGCAAUCACAAUAUGCAAAGAGAAACUGUCCCACAGUUUUGCAGGUCUAGACUUUAAAAUGCACUUUCCCAGAACACAAACUAGCACUAUCUCAGCCAUUUUAUUGGUGCAGAAGAUCCGCGGAUCAGUUUAUAACUUGUUACAGUUGUUUUGUAUCACAAAACUUUCUUGUUUUUAGGAGAAAAAUGGUUGUACGGCUGCUGGUUUUAUCGACCAAAUGAAACAUUCCAUCUUGCAACCCGAAAGUUUUUGGAGAAAGAAGUAUUUAAAAGUGAUUAUUACAACAAAGUCCCCGUGAACAAAAUUCUUGGCAAAUGUGUGGUUAUGUUUGUUAAGGUGAGAAUAGACUAGAUGUUCUGUUAUGUAUCUGGAUGAACACUAUGCUGAUCAAAUAUUUGUGUUUAGUUGUGGUAGAGAUCAUUUUUCUGUUUUGUUAAAUUUCUCCCCAUCAUGCCCUCUUCAAGUAGUCAAAUGCUUAUCAGUUGGGAAAUGAAAUGAGGCCACUGAAAGAUAAGGGAAUGAUUUCUGUACCCUUGGGAGACUACCUAGGUCUGCAGGUCUAUGGAGCAUGUAAAGUAGGGAGGAAAGGCAUUUGUUUAAGAACCUCAGAGCAACCUGGUAGGAACUUGUGGGCUUCCAGAUUUACAGGAUGUUGGUGGCCAUUUGAGCCUGAACACUGAUCCAGAAAACACCACAAACAAUGGCUUUUGAACUUACGUGUUUCUGCAAGAUGAGCUAUUUUUUCCUGAAUGAUUAUUUUUCCCCAUUGACUAGGAGUAUUUUAAGCUAUGCCCAGAAAACUUUAGAGAUGAAGACGUUUACGUUUGCGAAUCACGUUAUUCUGCGAAGACCAAGUCCUUUAAGAAGAUUAAAUUAUGGACCAUGCCAAUUAGCUCUGUACGAUUUGUUCCUCGAGACGUGCCCUUGCCUGUGGUUCGUGUUGCCUCGGUAUUUGCGAAUACAGACAAAAUCGAUGAGGAAAAGCACACUGAAAUGUCUGAGGAUAUCAAAGUGGGAGACCACGCCCUUAGCCUUGAAAAGGUAUACACCUUUGAAGAGCUGGCCAUUAAAUGCUUUGACUUUUGUGCUUGUCUGUAGAUAUUUUAAAUGGUUUAUCAGUUUAGGAAUGAAUAACUGAUGCUUUUACCUGCUUCAGUUCUGAUUUGUACAUGGGUCUCCCAUAUACACAUCUAACAGCCACAUGAAAUUACAUGGGAAAGUUAUUUGGAGGUUUGGACUAAAGCAUCACCAGUAUGUGGAUGACACUCAGCUCUACCUCUCAUAUUCAGGAGAAUCCCCAGAACUGUGAGGGAGGGAAAGGAGUCAGGAUUGUUCUGUCUGGCAAGCUGAAAAGUUUGCACCCCACUGAUCAAACAGUGGCCAUAUUGCUAUGCUGAAUGGCAUAUUAAAGGAGAUCUGGGGGUCUGGAUGUCACAGUCCCUGCUUAUGCAAGUAGCUUCUGGAUGAGGCUGAGUACCUAACGCACCAUUUUAUUUAAGAAGAGUUGCACAACUUUCCCCAUUUCUUAAGUCUGCCUUUAUUUUACAGGACAAAGAAGAUGUUCCAGUAGAAAUGGCAAAUGGAGAACCUGGGUGUCACUACUAUGAACAGCUUUGUUACAAUGACAUGUGGCUGAAGGUUGGGGAUUGCGUCUUCAUAAAAUCACACGGUCUAGUCCGACCACGAGUUGGCAGGUACCCUUUUUCUCUAUAAAUAUAGUUGCAUCAUUGAAAACUGAUUCAAGUCUUUCAUGUACAAAAGCAAAAGAUGAAUAAAGUAAUUGGGGGGAAUGGCUCAAUUUUUGACUUGGCGAUUAUCUUGGGAUACUCUGAAGCAAAUCUUUUUCUGUUUUUCAGAAUAGAAAAAAUGUGGGUAAGAGAUGGAGCUGCCUAUUUCUUUGGUCCAAUCUUUAUACACCCAGAGGAAACUGAACAUGAGCCAACAAAAAUGUUCUACAAGAAGGAAGUGUUUUUGAGUAACUUAGAAGAGACCUGCCCCAUGACAUGCAUUCUAGGUAACCAAAUAGUAUUGAUGUUUUUUGCUAUAACUUUUGUGUUUUGAAUGAACAGUACAGUUGGGGGCUGGGGGAAUCACUCCAAUUCUAUCAUUUCCAUUUCUUUUUCAUGUUCUUGCUAUGUUUCAUGUUAGUAUGGUAUACAUAACUCAUUAAACCUGAGUAUCUAGUACAUAAUAAAUUCUGUAUGAUAAAUUUAUUUGGGGGUUUUUAAAAGCCCUUUUCAUUCUUCUAGAACUAGUAACAGAGGAAAAUAAAUGUGCUUUGAAAUCCAGUAGGUUGUUUACUAGAUAAGGACAUUCUCAUUGUGUUGUGUAUGGCCCUUGGCAAUACUAUGGUCAUCCUAAACAGCAGCUGCUGCUGCUGACUCAAUCUACCUGUAUCACAUUAUUGCCUACUUUACUAGAAGUAUAAAGGCUUUUGAACAAAAUAAUCAACUAGUCUUGAAUGGUGCAUACAGUUAUUUUAAAUUUUCUUAAGUGAAUGGUUUUCUUGUUCGUGUGAAAUUAAAUUGGCUCUGUUAAGGGGAGGAGAAGCUGUUCGACUUCCAAAAUGUUCGAAAACCAAAUCGCGGCUUCUGAUUGGCUGCAGGAAGCUCCUGCAGCCAAUCAGAAGCCGUGGAACCCCCAUGGGACGUUCAGCUUCCAAAAGAACGUUCAAAAACCGGAACAGUCACUUCCGGGUUUCGAUCAUUCUGGAGAACUAGGCUGUUCGAAAACCAAGGUACGGCUGUAUUUGUCAUGAAGAGAUCCAGCAAGGAAGCACUGUCCUAAUCCAGCAAAGGAGAUCCAUGUAUGAAUGCUGUCAUCAUAUCCAUUUAACUUCAUGGAUGUGUCAGUGUGCAUAGGAGAUGCAUUCCCUGCAGGAGUCCCUAGUCACAUGCAACAUGUGAACUGGAAUGAGGCUUAGGUGUUCCAUUGUAGACUAUGUGUGAUGAGUCAGUAUAUUGUCAUGAACUUUUUGGUGGUUUAAAGUAUGCAGGCCUGUUAACAAAAAUUCGCUUUCAAACUCUUAGUGUGGAAAACGCUGCUACUUUAUUUUUCUCUCUUUCAGGAAAGUGUGCUGUGUUGUCUUUCAAAGACUUCCUCUCCUGUAGGCCAACUGAGAUUUCUGAAAAUGAUGUUCUCCUCUGUGAAAGCCGCUAUAAUGAAAGUGACAAACAGAUGAAGAAAUUUAAGGGAUUGAAAAGGUUUUCUCUUUCAGCAAAAGUAGUAGAUGAUGAAAUUUACUACUUUAGGUACGAUGUUUUUGCUUUUAAAGCAUUAUCGGAGAUAAUGGGGGUAGAGAUCUUUAAGUUGAUUUGACUGUAGGAAAAAAUGUCCUUUAUAAAACGUAGUGGUAUAAACUGAAGCAUCUUCAGAUCCAUUGAACAUAGAGGGCCAUUACCUCACCAGGAAGCUAACUUGGCUAUUCCAGAAAUCGAAUUUGUAUUGGGUCCAGGAAUUAGAAGGGUCUCAGGCAUACAGCCUGCCAUCCCCCUCCCCCCCGGCCAAAGCAACAGCUCACAACAUUAUUUUAAAUAGGCAAUGGUGAACUUGAAUAUAGUCAUUUAUUUUCUGCCAAGAUGUAUUUCUUACUUAAAAUAUCACUGCACAAAAAUAGGCAUAUUAUCAUUUUAGAUAAGGGCUGUAGAGAACGACAUCCUUUUCACUGAAGGAUUUGCAAUUAGAAAAAUUGAUUUCAUUGCUAGAAAAGUUUAACAUUAGCAAACAUCUUAGAGUUGGCUACCAAAGCUAUUCUGUUCUUUGUGGUGUGCACCUACUUCAUGGAAGAUUUCUAAAUAAUUAUUCUGUGCAGUUUCAAAAUUGGGUUCAAACAACAGUUGCUUACCUUUUUCAAACAUGCCACUUUUUAAAAAAUAUGUUCCUUCUUCCUGAUGCAACACUUACUGUAAAGCAGAAUUAGGAAUUAUGGGCCAGAUACAACUAAGCUGUCACCCUAACGGAAACCAGCAUGAGUCCCACUAGUGCAACAGGAUAUUCUUUCCUCUCCUCUCCACCACUCUCCCCAAAUCUCAGCAGGGUCAGGAGACCCCCCCUCCCAGAACAGGGUACAGUGGGGGGAGAGGAGAGCGUGUUCCAACAGCACAAGUGUUUUUGCUUGGCAUACAAAUGGAUCCCCCUUAGUGUGGCGUUGAAUUCUAUCCUAUGUUGUGCAGAGAGGGGUUUUAUUCAUAUGGAAUACUUUCUUAGGAAACCCAUAAUUCCUCAGAAGGAGCCAUCUCCCCUUCUGGAAAAGAAGAUUCAGCAGCUAGAAGCCAAAUUUGCUGAGCUGGAAGGAGGUGAUGAAGAGAUUGAAGAGAUUGCAGAAGAGGAAGGUGAAGUUACAGAAGCGCCAACGAUGCCUCAGCUUCAGAGUCCGCUUUCUAAUGAAUUGGAUAUAAUGCCAUACACUCCUCCACAGGUAACGUCUUUUACAAAAUCACAUAGUUGAGACCUUUCCCUCCUCCUCUUCCUCCUCUGCUGAAAAGAUGUGUGUUUUGGCUGUAGUGAGCUAUAUACCAGAAAUGCAAUCUUCAAUGUUACUUUGUCAAUAUACAAUUUAUUUUCUUUUUAAAAGAAACUGCUUGGAGUUCUUCUAUUGAAUACACAUUAUAUAUACUUUUGUAAAAUCAAUUAAAAUAUACUGAGAACAAAUAAUUUUGUAACUCAUGUGACUUCAAGUUAUGUCUUUCAUUUAAUGCCAUUUAAUGCUGGGGAAAUUGUGAUUUGUGGUGCAGCAACUCAUGUAAAUGAAAAUUUUUGGGUAACCAAAUAAGAAAUAAGUCGCUUUUGGGUUGUUUGCAGUUUCUAGAAAGUUCUAAAAGUAAUUUGGAAGAAUAUUAAUUAAUGGCAGAUAUACUGCAGUGCUGCCCAGGUUUUGUAAACCCUAGAGGCAACUACCACUUCCUAGAUAUGGCAGCCAUCUUCCCAGAUUUGCCCACCCAAAUACUCUUGCCUCAUUGACAAUGAUCCAAUACAGUCGUACCUUGGUUUUUGAACAGCUUAGUUCAUGAACAGCUUAGAACUGGAACGUCGCAAACCUGGAAAUAGGUGUUCCAGUUUGCGAACUUUGCCUUGGAAGCCAAACAUCCGGCACAGCUUCUGCGGCUUCCGAUUGGCUGCAGGAUGCUCCUGCAGCCAAUCGGAAGCUGCGCCUUGGUUUCCGAACGUUUCGGAAGUCGAAUGGACUUCCGGAACGCGUUCUGUUCGAAAACCAAGGUACAACUGUACCAUUAUCAGCUUAAAAAUAUGAUCAUGAAGACAAAAAGGUCAGAAAUUGAGGAUUAGAUUAUCUAGCCUUCACUUUCUAACUUGAGAAUUUUCUGUUACGCAUUUAUGACCAUAGGUGUGUUUUUUUCUCCAUAGUCCACUCCCAAGUCUGCCAAGGGCAGUGUAAAGAAGGAAGGAUCAAAGAGGAAGAUCAACAUGAGUGGUUACAUUCUAUUUAGUAGUGAGAUGAGAGCGGUUAUUAAAGCUCAGCACCCAGAUUAUUCAUUUGGAGAGCUCAGUAGACUUGUUGGAACAGAGUGGAGAAACUUGGAAGCAACCAAGAAAGCAGAGUAUGAAGGUAAAUUAAAGGUGUAAUGAUGUGAAACCUUUUUGCCCUUUCAGAAAAGACUCAGUGUCCUUUUGAGGGCAGGCAACUUAUAUUUCUGUCUUUGGAGCUUUAAAUAUAUAAGUGCUCACCCCAUAGAAACUUAUAAUGCACUAAGACAGGGGUUCCCAAACUGUGGGCCGCAAGCUUUAUUCAGGUGGCCUAUGGCACGUUGAUGCUAAAUAUUCCUACUGAUUUUUAAUGGUAUUUUAUUGCUUCUUUUCUUUUUAUUUUAUUUUAUUUCAUUGCAUUGAAGUUCUAUGGAAUACAAAUUACAAGGCAGUAAAAUACAGCAUAAAGAUACGCUACAAUUAAAAAUUAUUAUGGCAUUUAGCACACCACAUUGAAGUUACCGCAAGAGACAGUAAAAUCAUUAAGUGGUCCAUCAACAAUUUUCAGGUGGUCAUGGGGAGGGGGGAGUUUGAGAACCACUGUACUUGAGGGAAUUGAUAGUGGUGAUGAUGCCUCUGGAACAGACCGACUGAGCUGCCUGCUAGGGAGGAGCCAGGUGCCCAAGAAGAAAGUCAUCUAAGGUAGGUAUCUUCAACCUGUUCAGACUCAGGACCCACAUCUAACCCAAACAUGUAUUUGGAGACCCAUUUCUUAACCUUUUACCAUAUGUUUCAAUGAUAGUAGUGCUCCUGUUUGCAGCCUACCUUGGACCAGACUGCAACCCACCAGUGGGUCCCAACCCACCAGUUGAAGACCAGUGAUCUAAAGGAAGCGAGUGGGCUUGAAGUAGAUUGAGAGAGGAAUAGGGAGAAGGAGAAAAACUGGAAAGGAGAAGUAGCAGAGUGAAAAGUUGAGCAGUGGAUGGGAAUUGUAGAGAAGCAGGUUUUGACUAAUAUUACCAGUGCAAGCUGCUCAACAGUGGAAUAGAUUGCUGGAGGGGUGACCAGCUCUCCCCUUUUCUGGAGGUAUUUAAGCAGAGGCUGGACAGGCAUCUGCCAGGAAAGUUGUAGUUUCAUCCUGGAUUGAGCCAAGAAGUUGCACUAGAUGACCGCCAAGGGCCCUUCCAAUUCUAUGAUUCCUAUAGCCAGGAGCUGCAAGAGUGAAGUUCAAAUACUGGUUUCAGAUAACUAGCCCAGCAUUUAACAUCAGGGCACUAGUACAUGCUGCAUAGUGAAGAUACAUAGAAGCAAAAUGGAAGGACCACAGAGAGUUCAAAGCAAUUAAAGAAGUUUAAAGCAGAGCAGAGAAACGUGUACUUUGUCCUUAAUAAAUCAACUAAAAUACAUUUAUUAGAAUGUCUUUGCCUACUUAACCCAAACAGAUGUGCUUUUGUUUCCCUACCUCAAAUUGUUAUUCUGCUCCCUGAGCAGCAUAAUAAUAUAGUCAGCGUAUAAUAAUCAAGCUCUUUCAUGUACUCACAGGUAGGUUUUCAUUAAAGCCUGCAUGUCUUUUGUAGGAUGCAUGUUUCCAAAUGUUUAUCAUCCUAAACUCGUAGGCUAGAAUGUUUUUCAGGUAUUUAUUGCAGCAUUAGAAAAGAAAAUUUAGGAAUAAUUAUUAAGCUCUGAAGAUGAUACGAAGUCAUUUUUAAGCAAGUUUGAUAUUCAGACUAAAUGCUGUUGGUCAUUGGAUCUCACUUUCCUUUACUUUGGACUUGCUGUAUCAUUUCUUUGCGGAGCUAGAAUGAUAGAUGGUUCCAUUUCAUUUCCUUUUUUUCAAACUCAUUCCUUCCUACAUGUACUGACACAUAGAAAUGUGGACACAUUCAGGCAAUCAUAUCUUAGUUUAAUAAGCCAAGACAUGAACAAGUUGUUUGGCUGUUCCUGCAGUCCCUUUCCACGAAUGUGCAAGCCAGAAAGUCUCCUUGACUGAAGUUUCACAGCAUGCUUGUAUUGGAAAACUAUGUUUAAUGGGUUCAGAACAAGCUAGAAGACAAUGCCAUGGUUCAUUUUGAAGCUAUUAACCAUUGUUUCCCAUGUAACCUACAGUGAAUGGAAUAAUUCUUUGUUCAUUCAAACUGCAAAGGAGCUGAUUAUGCACCCAUGAGCUUGUUCAUACCUCAGUUUAUUAAGCUGAGAUACAAUUUUUUUGAGCCAGUGCAAUGUCUCUGACAUUUUUCAAAGCAAUAAUGUUGAGUUUCCCUUUAAACCAUGCCGUUUUGAAGUUCACUCCUAUCCAUUAUGAUUAUAUCCCUUUUUAUUUUGCUUGGGACUACACCUUGGUAUUGACAUCCGUGCUAAAGUUUUCUUAAGUAUUUCUACUUUGGUCCUUUAUAAUUUGAUUACAAAUUUCUGUUCUCAGACUGACAUUUUAUCAGCCAUUUUUGUCAAAAGGCAGAUUUUUCUUUCUUUGUAGAUGAGGGCAUGGAUGGAGAUAGCAGGCAAAGCAAAGUUGUUUAUUUUGUUUUGUAUGUUUUGUUUAAAUAGAUUUAUGGACAAAAGGGAAAGUAUCUGGUAUGAAGCUGCAUUUAAAAUUAGAAGGAAUUUUCUUUCCUUAAGUGCUUUUAAUGAGCAUCUUAGAAUAGACUCAUACAGGGUUUAUGUACUGAAUAAGUGCCAUUUAGUAAGCAGUGAAAAUGGAUUUUAAUGGAACUUUGAGUUUUAAACCACCACAAAUUCAAAACAGAAUGUUUAAGCACUAAACAGUCAAAAGCUGUGCAUGACAAACUUCCCUGAUAAGCAAAGUAAUUAAUAAAUAUGCACUAUCAAGAAUUUUUUGACAUGAUAAAUUAAGGUUCAUGUCUUAACAUUUCACUGUACCCAGUGAUUACAAGGUGAGGUUUGAAGGUUUGGGGGCUGGGUUUGCUAGAUUUGACAGUGAAAUUCCAAAGCUCAGCUCCUGUGUCUGCUUGGUACUGUUGAAUUGCUCUGUCAAUAUCACAAGUUUUUGUUCUCUUGUCUGCUAGCAUCUGACACAAACCAUUUAGAAUAAAACCAUUGCUGAAAGAUUGGCUGCUGUUUUGCUGAACGUAGUCCUAAUUCAAGUCUCUAGAAUUUACGUGAUAAAAGAAAUAUUAAUCCAAUGAGUAUAUAUUAAGAACCAAUUCAGUGUGGUGUUUUCUUUUUGAAUUUACUAUGAAUAAUCAAAAUUCAUUUUGAUAAUCAAAAUGUCUUUUUCAUAGUUAAAACAGAAGACGAUAUAGUAACUCCUUGCCUUUUGAUCUCUUUUAAGGAAUUUGUGUUAUGAAAUUAAUCAUAUAUUGUAUGCUUAAAACUUUAUAUAUAUGCACACACACAGGAAUCUAUGACAUAGCCUUCAUUUGUAAUGUAGAUUGUUCCUUACUAGUAGACAUACCACAGUAGACAUAAUUUGUGUCUACUGCAGUUGCAUAUCUGUGUGUAUUUUCUCUUGUGCUCUUUGAUCAUGCCUGUAAUUUCACGUCCCCCAAAUAUAAGUUUGGAUGCAUUAUUUCUGUUCCUAAAUCAAAGAAGGUGCAAAAAGAAUCAUGCUUUUCUUGUUUGUCUACAUAAAAUAUUAAGUCUGUUGGGCAACUGGGAUAUAUGAAAUGCUGUGCUAGGAAACUAGUCUUUUGAUGGGACAAAUUGUGCAAUUGUCUCAUUCUUGUUGUUUUCUUACAAAAUUUACAUUUUUUAUCUGGGAAGUAACUUGGAAAGGGAUGCUGUAUUUGUUCGAUAGUUUCCCCCAGGAGUUCAGGAUAAACCAUUAUGCUUGCCAAGCCUCAUGAGUGUACAUUUAGAACAAUUCCUUUAUAGAUGGAAAAAAUGCUUUCCAAACAGAUUUUGUUACGUUUAGCAAAUGUAUUGUUCUCAUGGUAGCUGAAGAAGCUUGUUUGGAAGAACCAAGAUGGGUGGAAAAUAGAAUUUCCCUCCUCCUAAUCACUGGGCUUUAUGUUAAAGAUGGAGGUAAAAAUUGGGACAAUACUGGCCCUAUUAAAGUCUAACUGGAUACUUGUUUUGGAUCAGAGCAAAUCCAUUGACAUGUACUGUACUCUGUAGCUCACCUACUCUGGAACAGGCCCACUGGCGUGUACAGAAUGAAUCUAGAGCUGACAGGCUGUGAAUUGCAAAUGUGGUGCGUAGUAUCUUAUGCCAAGCUGUCAUGGCAUGCGUAUUUCUUACUGCUGAGCUGCUACUAUCUGAUGGUACCAUUGAUGGUGGGACUUUUAAAAAGGUCAUCAGCUCUAAAACCGCAUAGCUUGGAUUCUGAGAACCACCAAUGGAAAGUAGUUUGCGGAAGGAGACUUUCCCAUUCCACCCUCCCCUCCUUUGCGUCCUCCUCGAAAACCUUCACCUGUUUGGGGGCAACUUCCUCCUGUAGCCCCCUGCAUCACAUUCUGUUCUGAUCAGAGGGUCCCCUGACCCUCAGCAGAAGCUUUUAGGGGGCACAGAGGACUGCAGGCUGGAGGAAGCCUUGGUUCUCGGGAUCCAGGCCCGCAUUUCGUUGACUCUUUUGAGGCCCUUUCAUCGUCGCUUCUUUAACCGUCUCUUUGUUGGCAGCCAAACUAAGACAAAAUUAUGUAUUGCAUUUUCAAAAAUAGCCUGUAUUUCCCCCCCACCCACCCACAACUGAAGCCUAAACUUGUUGCCAAUGUUGACUAGUCCUUUUUCAGUGAUUAGAGAAUAUUUUUUUUUUUGAAAUUCUGGGUUACGAAACAGAACUGAAAGUCUAAAAUCUAAAACUUUUGCAGAGCGGGCAGCUAAGGUUGCUGAGCAGCAGGAGAGAGAACGAGCAGCACAGCAACAGCAGCAGAAUUCCUCCCCCCGGGCAGGCACUCCUGUCGGGGCUCUAAUGGGGGUGGUGCCGCCACCAACACCAAUGGGGAUGCUCAAUCCGCAGUUGACACCUGUUGCAGGUAAAAAACAAAUAGGGGCUCUGACCAUUUUUUUCCCUUCAUCCACUUUACCAAACUCCUUCAUAACUCUGAACGCUAUUCUUGGGUCACUUUAUUUGUAGUGAAAAAGAAAAAAAAUAACUAUUAAACUUUACCUCAUAAAACUUUUAAGUUCAAAACAAACACAGAUGUUUCCCUCACUGGUAGAAAUAGCACCCCCUUAAUCCUAAGCAUGCCGUCUUAUCCCGAUGAAGUCUCUGCCAGCUCAUUCCCUGGUCAGCAAACUUGCUCCUGGUUUGUACUGUUAAUUCUAUUUUGUUUCCUCUGAACGCUGCAGAAUCUGGACACUUGGGAAAGAGUGGAUGGUUUUCUCAGGUGGCACGUCAUCAGUAACAUUAGACACGUUCCGACUGUGAGAAAAUGUAAUAUGAUGCCUUAACGUGAGGGUAAACCUGAGAACUGAUUUCAUCCAUCAGUUGAACUGGCUAGGGGUCUUGGCAGCAGUGUUUAGUGAGAAUCGGAAAACAUUUAUUUAUUUCAUAAAAUGCAUAUACCGCUUGAAUGUAGAAAACCUCAAAGCGGUUUUCUUUUGCAGGAUUUUGGGUUUGUGUGAAUUGAGCAGCAAGCCCUCCCAUGCCACUGCAAUCCACUUUCAUCACUGUGAUAUUUCAAAAGCAAUUAUAUUGUUCAGGCAUAAUGCUGAACCACACAGUUUAGUAUUUUGUGCAUGAGUGUCAAGCUUAUGCUGUCUCCCCUCCUCCUCCUCUUCCUAAGGCGUAGCCUUGAGGAGGAGCUGGGAAGCUUUCAUUUCCAUCUUAAACUCUAGCUGUAGAUAAUUUUACAUAUAGGACUUGAUUAUCAAACCAUGUAACCUAGUUUUGUGUAUUCAAAUUUGUCAAGGCUCUACCUGUAUUAAGCAUCCAAGCUUAUCUAGUUCUGUAACUCAGCAAAACAGAUACAAGAACAGGAAUAAAUAUUUUGCAUUAGGGUGUUUGUAGAUUUGGUUUAGUUUAGGUCUCCAUAUGUUCUGAAUCUGUAUUUGAAAAUAAAUACAUUAACUUCACCAGGAUCUAAAUGCGUGUUUUUAGAAGCACUCUGUAUUUCAUUACAUGCAAAUAAAUUGCAAGGCAUUUUAUUCUGAUAAUAUUUAAUGUGGCAGAAUUGUCUGUUAAUAGGACCUAGCAUAUAAUCUAUUAAAUUUAUUUUUCUUUUAGUAUCACCAUCUCAUUAAAAAACCCAAUAUACUGUUUUAUAUCCAGUUUUUCUCACCACGUUAUCUUAACUUACACCUCACUUUGAUCCAAAUCUGUUUAUAAACAGCUUUUCUUGAAACACUUAUUUUGUCUGAAGAAUAUCUUCAAAAAUCAGCAACUAAUGUAAUUCUCUGGGAAUAAUUGCAACAUUUCUGCAGGGCAAUGUAAUGUAAGUGCAGCAAAAAGGGGGAGCAGCUUUGGGACGCACUCAGAGGUUUGAGAGUGGCGUUCUGCUCAUGAAACGGGGAUCUAUAAGAUUUUGGUUCCACUUUCCCUUGCACUCCGCAAAAACCUGUUCCAGAGGAUUGAAGGACCCCCUGAAACAGGCUGGGAAGUGGUAAGGAGACUGCAAAGGAAAAGAGAAUAAGUGACAGGGAACUAUUCGUCUUUAAUAGAAAGUUGUCCCACUGAUUUACAUAAUAUGAUGAAUAGUUUGCUAAACAUGUUUCACUGCACCUCUUGUUUUCUUGAGUGAAGUUUAUCAGUUGAAGAAAGAGCUGGAGCAGCAUUUUGUCUAGGAGUGGGCUGUGAGCCAAAGUCCUCAUUUCAAAUCUCCCAUCAACCAUGGAAGGAUGGGAGAAGGAAGCCACUCCCUCUCAUCCUCUGCUCACAGCCCCAUCCUGCAUAUACUAUCCUACUUACUUGGCUGCUAUAAACAUUACUGGCACAGUGUUUGCAACAUGCUUUGAACACUUGAAGUGUGUGAUAUAAAUGCUAAAUAUAGCUACUAGUAUUGUAAUUAAAUGGCAGCCAGUGUUGUUUUCACCUGAUCGCUCAACACGAAAUCUCAAUUUACAGUAGAAUGUUUCCAGAUAAAUAAAUUUUACACAGCUUGGUUCUUAGUUUUUAAUUUGUUGCUGUGAAUUUGAUUCGUCAGGGCUGCUGAAAAUCUAGUCCAAAAAUGUUGCAUUUUAUCUCAGCUCCAUUUGUAAAAAAAUAAAUAAAUUCCUUUUCAGUUCUGUUUUUGUUGCAUAUGUUGUGUAGAGAUUGAAUAUUAAGCCAUUUCGAAGUUUUCAGAAAGCAAUCUGUAUUUUUUAAUGGUUCCCUUAGAAGCCAGACCUCCGCUUUGCUGUCAGGUGGAUUGCCAGCACCAUUGUAGAAGAAAAUCUGUCUCUCUGGUGUUCGGUUCAAGGAGAUGCCCGUUCUUUCCUAUAACAGGGCAGCAGCAUUCCUAGAUCUGUAGCUUUUACAGCAUAAACCUGUAUUUGCGACAUAUCUCCACUUGGGGUUGAUAUUAUUCUUGUUCGUUUUACUAGUUUUAUGUUAAAUUUUCUUAAGUGAGAUUACACAGGUAUAAAAUUAGAGCUAUUACUUCCAAACUUAACUUUCCUUCAGUAGGUAGGUCUGAAUAUGUAUAAAUCAUUCCCUGAAAUUAUCCACAAUAUUGGUUCCAGCCUUGCAAAUAAUCAAGUGAUGCUUGAAAUUAUCAUGUGACAAAGUAUUUCUUCACCACCUUUGACCUCAUAUAGAGCCCCCAAAGCAACUCACAGACAUAAUUGCCAUCUUUUUCUCAGAAUACCUUCAGUGAUUUUCCAUUAUUCUCCCCCAAAACCCACCAGCCCACCCACACAAUCCCAUUUUGCAGGGCACUGGCCUAUAUCUCUCAGAACUCCUCUCCACCAAUCCUUAUUUUCUUCUCUCUCCAUAAUAUCUCAGAAUAUUUCUCUCAGUCACCUUCACUGUCCCCCUCGCCCAACAAUCCCCAUUUUUUCCAGUCAAAGACAACCCCCACAUUUCCCUCAUUAACCACCCACUAACAUUUAUCUCUCAUAUUACCUCUUAUUCUACCUCUAAGAUUACCUCCUAUCUCUUUCCUUUCCCAAUUUUCUAUGGUGAAGACCCUACAUAUACCCCCCCCCCCCCCGCUUAACUCUCCAUGAUUAUUCUCAAGGCACCCGAACACAGCAAUCUUUACUUUCUUUUCCGGUGCCCUUGAUUCUCUUCUGUCAAGAGACUUGUCCAUUUUGCCUUCUGUUCAGUACAAUACAUGAUUCCUUGUUUACAUUGCUAUAGUAUGCUAAAAUUAACAUGCCUUGAAGGUGAAGAAUUGUACUGUGCGAUACAUUGCUGUUUAUAGUUACCAGUAGUGUAACUUGCAGCAAUGUGAGCACUUAAGAUGAUUGUACAGUGAAUAUUCUCUGAUGAAAACGUCCAUGAAGUUUUUACUGUCAUGGCACAUGAAAGAUAAGGUCUCUCUCUCUCUCUUUAAUAUACCUUCUGUUUUAGUAGUCUUUUGGCCUUAAUGAAGGUGAGAGAUGGGAAGCAGCUCAAUCUAUGCAGUAUUGUUAAAUUAAUUUCCCAUAUGUGUAAGUGGUUAACAUCCUGUGUAAGUGAAAAAGCCAUAAACAACCUGAAUGCCUGGUACACAUACAUCUUCUGUUAAGCUACAUUGCUGUCCCAUGAAUUUUUGAAUGUGCAUGUCGCAAUGUUAUAUACUUUUGUAUGACUGACAAAACGUUUUGCAUUUGCUUGUAAUAAUAACCACUUAAUGAUUCUAAAUGCUCAGCUGGUUUCCUCCUGAAGAAUAUGCCCAAAGGCUAAAUAAUAAUCUGUUCUGAAUACGAUAUCUGGCACUGUAACAAUGUUCAUUUUUGCAAGGUACUAAUUGUAGUGUUGUAUGGCAGUACCGAAGGUGCAUAUAUGUGGGUAGUGCAUGUAAUUAUUAUUUUGAUCAUUUUGCAUGUCAUUGAUGCAUGUUUGAAAUUUGUUGUGUCCUCCAAGGCAUGCUAGGUGGCUAUCCACCAGGGCUGCCAACUUUACAGGGCCCAGUUGAUGGCAUUAUUAGCAUGGGCAGCAUGCCGCCACUUCACCCUGGGGUGCCUCCACCCCACCAACUUCCACCAGGCAUGCCAGGCAUCCCACCACCGGGUAAGAAUGACCUCAUUCACUCAUUAUCUCGCCUCUCUGUUCUCACCCCAUUUAACCAAUUGCCGUGGGAAAUGUUUGCAGCUUGUGCAUUUGUAGCUUAACUGCUUGACUUCUGUCGAAUGCUCCAGGUAUGUCUAGCUCUCUAGAUGUGCAAGGUGCAUUGAGAAAUAUACAAAGUAUAUUUGCCAAACAUCUUGGCAUGUAUGAUACAUGUUGGCAGAGCAACAAAUGUGACUGAUCCAGCAGCAAAGGAGUUGACCAUGGAAAUACCCUUGUAUUUUUAGCAUGAGUUUUUUAAAAAGUGUCAAAUAGAUCUGGCUUGAACGGUUACAUAGAGUAUUGAAGACGCAUAAUUCCUAGUCCUUCUGAAACUGUUGAAGGUGAUGUUGUUUGUUGAACUGGACAAUUUCACUACCAGACAUGGAUCUUAAAUCAGUAUACUCUUAGUUUUUUAUUUCUUUGUGCACCAUUAGUUCAAAUAUACACGCCCUGAUUUCAAACAACUUCAUUUAACAGCAAAUCAUUUAAAAAAAAAUGAAACCCUGUAGCCUGCUUUUUAAACAAAGCAAACUGAAGCUUCAGCCAAGGGGAAUAUUAGUGUCUGGAGAGGUUGAAAUGUGGGUACAGGCUUGUUCUUUAACAUACAGUUCAUCCAGGUUUGAUAAAUACUUAAAAGUAAAUGUUCUCUUGUGAUGUGGAUCAAUAUUUAUUCAAAACCAUGAAUGAAACAUUAACUAAGAGAAACAGAUAUUUUGUUUCCAAUUAUUAAACUUCUAUUUAUAGGGAGACAGGGGCGGUUAUGGAACCCUUGUUCAUUGCCCCCUUCUCCUUUUUGCUGCUGCAAAUUUUUCUUUCACUUUUACAUGGUAUAUCAUACUCCUUUUCUGCAUGCAGUGGAUAAGCUCAGCUGUUAAUCUGUGGGCAAAAAGUAAUGUGAUUUGCCUGCUUUAUUUCUAAGUAUGUAUUUCACAGUAGUGUUCCCCUAAAAUCUGUGAACAUGAAUAAUUGCCUUUAAAAUCCCUUUUUUUCUUCAAGCCUGCUAGGGUAUACAGUUAACAUCCAGCAAUCAAGAAUUUGAGGAUUUGCAGUGAGAAAUGAACUAUAGCUUUGGAAUAUAGAUGUGUGCCAUAGUUUAUUUAUGGCUCGUUGUGCUGUUGAACUUUGAACAGCCAUAAAGUGCUUGUGGAUGUUCACUAUCAUUGCUAGGUUUCUCUAUUUUAAAAACACCUUGUCUCCUUAGCUGCAGAAACAGUGUUACUAUGAUUAUCAUUGAUGUGUUAAUUGCCUUCUAAGCAACCAUCUCAAGGCUAUUUGCAUGUAAAAGAUUUAAAAAAUAGUUAAAAGCACAAAACGAGAUACAUUUAAAAGCAAUGCUAAAACCCCAAUAAAGUAGACCCAUUUAUUCAACAAGGAAAGCCUGUCAUUGUUGGAUAGAAAUGACUGCAUAUCUGAUCAAAAUUCCAAACUGUAUCCUUAUAAUCCCCAGGAAGGCUAGUGCUGAAUAAAUUGUAAACAUGAAGAAACAGCCACCAUCACAAUAAGCUAGCAGGCCUGUACAACUUCAUGAGUUCAUUUGUGAUGUAGCAGCAGUCUUUGUGAGGUUAUUCUCAGAGACUAUGGAAGAGAUUAUUACUAGAUGAAAUAAUUUUGGAUGGAAGCCCACCAAACACCGCAAACUGUCAGUCAACACAACUUGCUACUUCUAAUAAGAAUACUUAGGGGAUCAUAUUUUAAUACCUGUAAUACUCCUUUUUCUUUUUCUUUUACAUUUUGAAAUACAGGUGUUAUAGGUCAAAGCGUUUCCUCCAUGGUAGGAGCCCCCUCAGCAGGAAGUCCUUUUGGACAGCAGGUAAGUGAUUUAGAUAGGCAUAGGAAAAUCCUAUAAAUCAUACUCUCAAAGGGUUUGUUUUUUAAUAAAUUGACCUCCCACAACCUAGUGAGUUUAUUGUUCCUCUUAUUUUCUCAUAUUGCUUCCUUACUACAUCUGGCUUAUGAUUUAAUGAUGUAGGAGUUAGAGGAUAUAAACUAUCCCCUCAGAUAGUAAGAGCUAAGUAAGGCAACAGGUGCUGGUGAGGGAGAACAGGUGGGAGGGCAGCAUCCUUCUCCAGCCCUCCAAAUACUUUGCACUACAACCAAUGUUAAGGGAUUAUAGGAGUUUUGGUUCAAAGCAUAUGGAAGACACCACAUUGGGGAAAGCUGCUCCAAACCAUUCCUUGUUCUUUUUUUCAUGACUAUUGAUUUCUUGCCCUGCUUUCUUCCUUUUGCUCUCAAUACCAUUCCCUGUAAUCUUCACCAAAAAUCAAUAAGUAAGAUUCCAGAUAGCCAAACAGUUAAAAAUGUGAUAUGUAUGAAUGUGUUGUGCAUGGAAGUGAACGCCAUUUGUUUUGUGGAGAUUUCAGACUGUCUUGAUAUAACAACGUGAAACAGGUUUUGUUUAGAUUUAUUUUUUUGGCACGGGCACAUUUCUCACCACACCUGAGGGUAACUGUUAUUCCCUUAAGGAUGUUUCAGAUGCUUUUGCUGUUAUACCCUUUCCUAUUCUUCCCUUUCACGGAACCGUCUAUAGAAACACAGUGUUCGCCACUUAUCUUUGGUUCAAUGAGAUACUACAAUCGUCAGGCUAUGUUUGACCUUUUAAGGUAUUGUUCUUUACUAUUCCAGAUGGGUAUCCUUGGUCCACCAGGUCAGCAGGCCCCACCUCCCUAUCCUGGACAAAAUCCAGCAGCCCAGCAAGUUAUGCAGCAGCCAACAACUCCUAUGUUUGUCUCCCCUCCACCAAAGACGCAAAGGCUUCUUCAUUCUGAGGCUUAUCUGAAAUACAUUGAGGGUCUAAGUGCUGAUUCGAGUAGUAUUAGCAAGUGGGACCAGACCCUUUCAGGUAAGUCUACUUGCAGUAAACACAGAGACGCUAGAAUUUUUUAAUUUUUUUUGAGGCUGUCCUUUUAAUUCUACCAUUACUGUACAGUACUAUACUGUAUGAGUGGUUUGCCCAGUGUGGCGAAGCUGUAGCUGCCAUUUACUGGGAGGAGGGGCAAAGUAGCUAUAAGAUUGGGUUACACAAGUGGGGGUGCUGGCUUGUCUUUGCUGGUGUGCUGUGCAGCCCCGACCUGUGCUUGUGCCUCCUCAUCCCUUAAAGUGGAAGUAGCAUAUCUGUGUAUAAAGCCCUUCAUCCAUCAUUCCCAACCAUUGGUCAUGUUGACUGAUAUCGCCAACUCUCCUUUCUCCGGCUUUUAAAACAGCUGAAAUGAGAAUGUUUUAUGCAUUCAGAAAUCUGCACUCCUCCAUGAGAUGGGAGUUCUAUAAUUGUGGAGCGUCUAUUGUAAGCCUGUUUCAGCAAAUGCUGUACAGUAAGUCCACAGGGAGGGGGAAGACAGCUCCUUCACCCCUGUUGGUAGUCACUAAUGCAGAUAAGUUAUUCACAGUGCCUUUUAGCAAUCUGUUGAAAUCACUAAGGAGGUUCACUAUUACCCUGCACAAAAUGGAGCUUCUCCCCACUCUCCUCUUACCACACGCUCCCCGAAAUUAACUUACAGUGGGGCAGGAGAAUCCCAGAAUAUUGCAAGGGAGGCAGUGUUGAAUUCAGUGCAAUGUUGAAUUCCACCCAUUGCUUUUAACCCUUUGUAUGAAUAUUUGAAUACAGUGGACCCUCCAGAUACGAAUUAAAUUCGUUCCAGGGGUCCGUCCGCAAGCCGAAAAGUCCGUAGGCAAAGGCGCUGCUUCUGCACAUGCAUGCAGUGCGAUUGAGCGCUUCUGUGCACGCCUGUGUGGCGAAACCCAGAAGUAUACACUUCCAGGUCUGCCGUGUUCGUAACCCGAAAGAUACAUAUCCAGAGCAGGACAUAACUAGAGGGUCCACUGUAUUAGUUUUUAUUUCAGUUUAUGGAUUUAUCUGAAAUUUCAUGUAGUUGGGCUGUUAAGUGAUUAUUUAAAAAACUGAUCAGAAGUGUGCAUGUUUUUUUCAGCAGAAAGUUUUUAAAGGUUUCUAUCAGCUAGCUCUGUCAAAUCCUUUUGAUUUCUGUGAUUUCGUGUUCAUAAUUGAGUGCGUUCUCCCGCUGAAGUCCAUGGUGUGGAUUUUACUUGUGAGCUUUAUUCCAUUCAUAUUGUCAAGCUGUACAGAAAUGUAACUGAAUGCCCUUUUCCUUCUUCAGCACGAAGACGUGAUGUCCAUCUCUCAAAAGAACAAGAGAGCCGUCUUCCUACACACUGGUUGAAAAGCAAAGGGGCCCACACCACAAUGGCAGAUGCCUUAUGGCGCCUUCGAGACUUGAUGCUGAGAGAUACUCUUAAUAUCCGUCAAGCAUACAACAUAGAAAAUGUUUAAUCCUCUUUCGAUACCAACAUAUAAAAUUUUUGUGGAACAAUAGCUGUUUUAGUUAUUGGUGGGGGAGGGGAAACUGGUUUUAUUGCAUCUUACUGUACAUUGCAAGAUUGUUUUUUUAUAUAAGGACACUUUUAAUAAGCAUAUUUCACUUUUUGUUAUAUUAUGUUGACUUUUUAAAAAAAUAUACAGACUUGUGCAUAUGGUUCUUUAACUUGGAAGAUGAUCUCACACUUUUGUUAUAAAUGCAAAAUAAGGUUACAUCAUUUGGCCUUACACAGAGGUUCUCAUGCCUUCUUUUUUUUUUUUUUAAGCAGCAAGAGUGUGUAGCGAAGAGAAAUGUGAAGUUAAUCCCAGUUUGCAUCUUAGCAGUAUGAGCAUCCAUGUGCUUGUGUGGUAGUGACUUUUGGCAGAUACAUCACAAGAACUUAAAGCCUUCCUUUAAAUAAAGCUACUAGGGUAGGGAGAAGAUGGAAUCAACUUGGUAAAUGUAAGGCCUUUUUUAUUUGUUCCCAGAACUUGAUAAAAGGAAAUAAGCAAGACUGUAUCUUUUGAUUUGACCACCUUUUGUUGGCACAUAUAAGUUCAAAGUGGGGCUUGUAUUGAUGAGUCUGCUUUAAGAGAUCUGCAGACAUGAAGGCUUGCAUGUGAUGCCAAUAGACAUUGGCCUGAUGAUCGUGUGCUACCUAAUUUAUUUCUCCAGGAUGAGACCUGUGCUCAUCACCACCAGCACCACCUCCUUGGGAAAUACUUGAGUAAGCUUAAGUAUAAAGGGGGAGGGAUUUCUACUUUGCUGUCCUAAUAUGAAGGAUGCAUAAUAUCUUUGAAUUCUCAGAUCAGAACAUUUAUACAUGUGUAUUUUUAAAGGUGCAAAGCUUUAGUUUCCAAGACCUUCACUUCGAAAUCAGAAUUGGAUGUUUUGUUUCUUGUAGUUUAAGGUUCCCACUGCAAAUUUAAUGCAGUUUAUAACUGAUAUUGGAAGGUAAGUAACAGAGCAUGCAAAAGGAGCAUAUGUAUUUUAACAGCUUAAAAUAAGUGCUCUAUUCAGGACUUGGUAUUUUGACACUUUUUCUUUAAAGGUUGCUCUGAUGAAAGCACUGCAGUCCUACUGUUGAUAAUUUUUAUACGCAUAGUCCUAGCUGUACAGCACUGCUUAUAAGCCUAACACAGCAGAUCAUCAUGUAGGAAUUGGUGUCCUGAACCUACAUAAAUUUAUUUAGAAAGUUAAUCUAAUUUUUGUUCCCACAGUUAUAGGACAUACAGCAUUUGUCUUUACUAGUAACAGUAGUCACAAAGCAGAGAGUUCCUUAAGGCAUGUAAAAAGUCCUAGGUGAAACCAGUUGGAGUUGUUAGUUGUGUAGUUCUGUUUUGUUGCCUGAGGGCCAGACUACCAAUGGCAUUAAUUGCAUAGCCUGCUUUUCACUGCACACUUUUUCUUCCAUAAAACGGGGGGGGGGGGCAGGGGUAGCGAAUUCAAGAGCUUUUUCUCCAGUGCAAAUUGUAGGCAUGGGCCCUUCAAAUCAAGGGUAGAACCCUGUCCCCGAUACUAGUCAUUUUUCAGAGAGGUUUGCACAUAAACUCUGAUAAACAUCAUAUGUAAUAGUAUAGCCCUGAUACUAGGAUUUUCUAGUUCAGCAGCCUUCCUUCUUUGGGUGACAUCCAUCAUAGCACAAGGGGGCAUCCACUUGUAGAAAGAGGAGCACCUCCUUCAUGUGCACCCCCAAAAUAUGCUCCAGAGGGUUGGGGGACUGGAGGGGAAGGAUGGAGCCCUGUUGCAAAGAUGGGCUGCCACAAUUAGAUCUCCCUCUUCAUCUUUAAAGUUAGAUUUAUAAGUUUAGAAAAAACAGCUUUGAAUGUUGACAAGUAAGGGAAUGCUUAUCAAGCAUGGAUUCAAAGAAAUAAUUCAGGAGGCCACCACCUGACAAAGCUUGCACAAAUAUCAGUUAGGAGGCACGUUAGAAGUCAUGUUUAAUUACGAGGUUGAUUUUAACAAAGAAUUGUUGCCAUGCUGGCUUUAGAGAAUGAGUGGUUCAUCAGGAUAAGUAACUGUCUUAUUGGACCAACUUUAGUUCACCCAAUGAAAAUUACAUUCCAUUACCUAUUUUAACACACAUCCAGAAAAAUGUAUAUUUAGUUGAUGUUUCUGGAUCUGUUUCAGUGAUACAAUGCAUUAUGAAGAUGACAGCAAGUAGCCUGUGAAAAAUACACUAUUAAAGUUUUGGUUCUUCAGAUGAGGUACUAAUGCAAAAUACAAUAUUAAUAUUACAGAGAUUUUUGUAUCCUUAUCAUUAUAUGUGGCACACAUCUUAGUAUAUGGCCUUUGCAAUUUUUAAAAACCUCACAGAUCUCUGCAUGCACCCAGGAGUUUUCCUUGGGUGACUUAGCAGAAGCUGCCAAUGCCAAAUCAGCUCAGCACUGGGAGCUACUGAGGCGAGUGCAUGGGUGCUCUUCUGGAUCGUGGCCAGUGUGUUUGAAAUUACCUCUCACAUUUCAGUUUCAAUGUCAAAAGGAGGCAGCAAGUCCUAGAUCUUUAGUACUUGGAAACACCAUAGACUUUUACUAAUACAAUCACUUUUUGUUUUAGGUAUUGCAAAAACUACACCAAAGAACCUGGAAUUUAUUUAUUUUUAUUUAUUUAAAAAAUAAACAGGAUGAGACACCCUUUGAAUGCUGUAUAAUUCAGGAGGAUCAGUGUUGAAUAAUACGCAGCAUUGUUUUUCCCAUACAUUUAAGAAGAGGGCAGCUUCACUAUUUCUAAUAAUCCAGGAGUAAACAAUUAGAACUGUAAAUGAGACCUUUGCCUUUUCUAUGGCAGUGCAGAGCACUCCUCCUAGACCAUUAGGCUGGCCCUAAUUAUUUUAAAUUUAAUUUAUUCCAAAAUCAUGUCUCUGUUUACUGGGGGCAUUUCAGUAACAUGUAGGAUUAAAGUUUGAUGGCUACAAUCCAGUAUUGCACAACCAGCUAACUAAACUUUUCUAACUAUAAAUUGUUGAGAAGAAGAGCAAACCAUGUCUUUUUUUGACCAUUUGGACCCAUUAUUUGUUUUUUUUCUACAGCCAUGCACUGUAUUAGAAUAAAAGGACAUUGACUAUUCAAAUAAGAGUAUGGGAAAUGGUUGGCUUGAGUGGAAAACAUGUUUCAGUGAACCAGUUUGGAAGUGAUCAGCAGUUCAUCUCCUAUUCCAUAUUCCCCACUCUUCCCUUAGAGCAAAUGUGUUUAUGUAAUAAUUCAAGUUGAUGUUUUAUAAUAUACUUUUCAGCAUAUAUGCUUUUUGGACCUGGUUAAUCCAUGCCUCAUUUUUUACUCCUGGUUGUAUACUCCAUUGAGUAAAGUGAUAACUAGUCAAUGUGCAUGUACUAUCAGUUUGUCUGAGGCUUUUUAAUUUGAAUAAAAAUAGCUUGCAGUUUGGAUUAGCCAGGUUUGAUGUCUUAUUCUUAGUUUUCCUGGAAAUCUAGACGUGUCCUAUAAAGAAACCACAGGGAUAAGCAAGCUAUACAUACUGUCAGUUCCCCCCAAAAGCAAUCCUAGGAUAAUAUGAAACAAUCUGAACUGUCCUAAUAUAGAGCUAUAUCAAAUCAAUACACAAAUCCACUGAAUCUCAGGUGUAUGAUGGUGGUAACACAUUUUGCCUGUAUGGAAAAUCACUGUUGAAUUCACUUAAUGCUUAAUUCCUACGUACAUGUACAGCUUAUAUAGUAUGUGACCUAUGGAAGAGAAUGUUAAAUGUCCUUAAUUUCAUUAGAUCUACUUGUACCAUAAUCAAUACCAGCAAAGUGCACUCUACAUCUCAAAACAUUAUUUUUACAAAUUAUAGGAUAGAGCACACUGGGUAUCAUAAAGCUAUAUAAGCAGCAGGAACGUUUUUCAGUGUUCUCCCCAUUUUGAGGAGUGUAACUCCUGAAGCUGAAUUAUAUGCACCUGUGUGUUCAUGCAUUAGGACUUUGAGCUGAGUAACGCACAAGUUUAUACAGGCUUGAGGUCUAUUUCUUG